GUAUAGUACAGCGGGGGUUUCUUCACGCUGCCUGGCCCAGCUGUGCAGCUCAGUUUUAACCUGCAGCAGCUUUGUGUGUCCUCCAGAGGCGAUGCAUGCUGGAGUUGAGAGGGGCGAACAGUCCGGGCUGAGCUCAACUAACAUGCCGUAAACGGGCUUCACACACAGGGGACCAAGUUUUGACAUAUUCCGUUACCUUGCAGUUUCCACCUCUAUCCGAAGACAUGGAGUAUUGGAGGCAGUGCGCGAUGUGGCUGAUCAGCUGCAACGUGCUGCCCGCGAACCACCGAGUGACUGCGGACUCAGCGCAGGUGUUCGACCUCGCACAGACCCUGCGGGACGGGGUGCUGCUCUGCCAGCUGCUCAACAACCUGAAACCUCACACUAUCAACCUGAAGGAGAUCAACCUCCGGCCACAGAUGUCACAGGUAGAUUUGUAAUUGUCUACAGUGCUUUUAGGGAAGCUUGUGGCUGGACUGUGCUCGGAGGAAGAGUAAAACUACUUUGUGCAGAUAUGGACAAAGUAUGCAGUCAAAAAACCCUAAUAGCCCUGUUGAGUCCCAGGGCAAUUUGAGCUAAUAAAGUGAUGAUAAUUGUUUCUCAAGAGUCAAAUUAUGUCUGUUAGUGGAGGAAACCAGUACAGUCCCUUCAGAAAUAAGUUUUGGAGUAAUUCUAGGCUUUAGCAUGUUCAAAAGAAGUCAUAAGUUAGAGGUUGGUUUCAAAGUUUUACCCCUCUGGAGGCAGGGGUGUGUGCAGACUUUGUUAAAUGGGGUGGCCUUGUCAGGUUAUGACAUGACAAACACAAACUCACACACACUGUCACUGCUAAGAAUCACUAACAUCACUGAAAGCUGAACGAUAAAAACACAGACAUUUUUACAGCUCUGUAAUGUCUAUUCGAUAGGAAUGUUUCAUCUAUUUUACGCCCUUAUUUCAUCUGUUAAGGUUUUGUUUAGUACCGACUUCCAGCUCAAAGUUCUGUGUGUGAACCCUGGAGCAUGCUCAGAUAGUCUGGCCAGUUUUCGUCUGAUUAAACUGUAUUCAUACAAGAGAAGAUCGAUUCCCAACCGCAUUAUCCAAGGGUGACCACACUUCCUCUUUUAAGGUCCUUACACACUGGGAGUGUUUUUUUCGUGCGAUUAUUUCGGACGAUAAUAUUUUUUUUUCAAACAUGUAUCCUGUCAAUACAAGCGUUCACAUCAGCGACAUUUCCCUGUCCUGCGAUAUUGCAGCAUUUUUUUGGGGAUCACGGUUGAUUUUUCUAUAGUUUCACAAACUGUGUGUCCACUUCUGACCAACCAGAUUUCUUGUUGUUGCGAUGUCAGAUUCACUAGUAUAUCCAACAUGGCUGAUUGUUUACGGUGUCUUUUUUCCCCCCAGAAAGUCACAAAAUCGCAUCAGGCUUGAUGUGUAUAGUCAGGCGCUUCAAAAUUCACCUCCGAAUAUUUCGUAGUUUCAUGUCGCAGAUUUGUGUCGGUCCUGGUGUGUAAGGACCUUUAGUCUGAUUUAGCUGUAUUCAUAGAAGAGAAGAUCGAUCCCAACCGCAUUACCCUACAGGUGACCAUGCUUCCUCUUUUACUCGGACAUGUCGGACAUUUACUCAGACAUUUUUGGGGGCUGUCCAGCCUUGUCCAGGGGAGUUUAUAAACAUCCAUUUCAAAGAUUUCAGCUGAUGCAAUUUUUUUUUUGUACGAUGGUAGGGGAAGGUCCGCCCUCCUUCGCCUCUGAUUGGCUAGAAGUGCUAGGCUCCAAUUGGUUAUUCCUAAUUGUCUCUUGGAUUAGGGUUAGGGUUAGGAUUAGGAUGAGGUUUAGGGUUAAGGUAGGAGAUUCAGAAGUAUGAUAAUGUUCUGUAAUGCUCUGUUUGAUGUACAGAGCUGACAGCCUGUGUUUGGCUUGAGCGUGUGAUGACGUUUCCAGCCUUUCUAGCCAAUCAGAGGCGAAGGAGGCAGGACUUUCCCCUACUGUCCAACAACAAAAAAAAAAUAUCGCCAGCCGGACUAAGGGCAUGUGUAUUAGCUAGCUAGGGGCCACACCACCCCAGGCCCCCCUCUGGACAUGCCCCUGACAUUAAGAGGUAGUAUCUGAGCCUACCUCCGUUUGAUCCAGAAGCCUAAUUUAAAGGUGUCAGUGCUGAUAUCAAAGAAGAGGUAUUUGUGGAGUUUUUCACCUUCUUUUUUCAGGAUCACCCUCCUUUUUUCCUUUUUUUCUGUUUUCUUGCGACAAACUGAUGCAUCACUUUGUCAUAUGUUAAAACUAAUGCUUCAGAGAGACCGUCAACCUCACUGAUUCACUUCUUACUUUGUGUAUGUGUCUCUGUUGAAAAAAAAGCCCAUUAUCUCUAAGCAAGUAAAACUGUCUGAUUAACUGAGGGAAUGUUAAAUGCCCCCCAGCCUUUGAAAACCAAAAGGCACGGUCAAAGGCUUGACCUCUCUUUACCCAUAAUUCCCCCCUGCCACUGGAGAGACCUGAUAAAAAUCCUGUCUUUGAUCCACCCAUUAGCCAGGGAACUUUAUUACGUGUGCAGGAGCUUGUUGGAACAGCGUAUGAGGCCUUAUGAAGCAGUGAGGGGACUGUGAUUUGUGACACUCGGGUCUAAAACACCUAAAACAACACAAUUUUACUGAGGACCGCAGAAUACAUAAUAGCCAUGACACCUGGAAGAUGAGCUUCUUAUUUGUCCUCACACAUCAGAGUUACAAGACCUGAGAAAAUGAUGUGAUCUUAUUUUCAUGAAAAGCAUAUUUGAUCAUAUAUCGGCCAUCAGCUUGUUCUCACUUUUCAGAAACUCUUUCGCUCGGACAUCACCUGUGCUUCUCAAGCUAUUCUGCUGUGUGGGAACAAGACUUUAAAUUACUUACAUACAGCUGACGUGCUGAAGCUUGUUUCUGGGGCACAGAAGUCACUAUCACUUGUGCAUAUUUGAUGUGUCACCUUAUCAGCUCGACAUAUCCGCAGGAAUUUCCUAUUUGCUGAUAUCGGCAAUUAACUUUUUAAUCUAUUAUCUGCAGAUACUGAGACUCUGCUGCUAAUAUCAUGCACCCCUAUAUGGGAUUAAUGUGUAAUCAUGUCGGACUUUGAAUAUUUCUUUUAUUUAAAGUUUUGCUUCAUUGGAAGGACAGUUGAAGGCAGACAGGGAGUGUGAGGAGUAGAGAGCGGGGGGUAACAGGUGCCCCCGACUCUAAGCAUCUCUGGUGUUGAAAGUCGGGGGCAUGUGCGUAUUUUUUUCACAGGUAUUGGACAGAAAAGAUACAUUGGAACUUAUGUAGAGUCAGAUUUAUAAUUAUAAAAGCUCAAACGUAACACAAAAACACAGGUUGUUCCUCCACGAGAAUGAAAAUAAUCACCGUUUUUCCAUCCUUAUCAAAAAGGUCAAAUAACCCUUUUAAACUAUGCUUAAAAAAAUCACAGGAACAAAUAAAAAUGUUUAAAAAAUAUGUUCAAUUAUGUCUAACUUAUCUCCCUACAUAGUGAGAUCUGUGCCUCCGCCUAACUCUUCGCCGUCUCACAAACAGCACUGCAGUGUCGUGCAUGUCCUCUAUCCGCUCUUCUUUUAUGUUCUUGAUAGACAGUGAAAGAAAACUGAGGGGCACAGUCUGCAAAACAAUAAGCAGCACUCGCCUGCAGCUGUAGGCCAUCAGAGUUAUGGUCCGGCGAGGCAUGUGUGUCAGUGGGCUCCAGAUUUUUAAAUGGCUCUUUCAUUGUGCCCUGCUGACCUAAGAUCUGAGGAAAUGAAAGCAAGAGCAUGGAGGUAAUGGAGUGGAGGACAUCAGAGUGGUGUAGUGGGGUGGAAAUGCAUGUGGAAGUGCAGUUUUUACAGACCGUGGAGUAAAUUCAAAACAAGGAUUGCGACAAUAAAACUUUAUAUUCAAGGUACAUUUAUGAAUAGAAGCCCAAUAUGACGUCUAUUUACACUUACGCCGUGUUUGUUCCUCAUCCAGAGAAAGUAAAUAUGCACCGAAUCUGUGACUGUGGCCAUGAGUAUGAGGCUGGUAGGGUGUUAAGCUGUCAUGUUCAUGCAUUUCCUCCGCAGACAAACAGGGCCCCAGGGGGCGGCUGAGUGAUUACAGGCGUCUCCACGAUGAGCUGACAUGAUAAAAAGGAGCGUAUCUGUUCUCAAGAAUCUCUCCACAGCUCUGUUUUUACUGCAAAUGAUCACAUAGGAUUUACUCUGGGGUUGAGUCACCACGUACACAAGCUUGUUGUUUACCCUUCGAAGGUGUUUUUAAUUAUCUCUUUUAUUGAGAAUGUAUUUUUACUGCGAGCGGCCCGAGCUGGACGGAAACUGAAACUUCCACCAGAAAGUGAAAACCGAAUGGACAUUGUCUGAAGUCUGACCGCUAAGGAGGCUUAGAUCCUGCAGGAAGUGACACCAAAAGAAGAUGGGACAUUUUCAGUUUGCUGUUAGUCCACAUUUUUCAAAAGCAAAGACAGGUGGACAGUGACAAAUACAAAUAGUGUGAGAUCAUGAGAGCGGCUGAAGAUUUUCAUGGUUUUAAAGAAUGAAAAAUUACAUUCACAACACACAGAAGACUAGAUGAAGCUGUAGAAUAAUAACAAUGUAGAAAUAUGUUUUAUUCUGAAGCGCCUCUCCAGACACUCAAGGUCUUCUUGCAAAAACAGCAGCUAUAAAGCAUAAAUAAACAAUAUGCAAUGAAAGGCAACAGCUUACAUGUUAUACGUUGAAAUACAUCCUGCAAUCAUGCAUGUUGGUAACCAGUCAAUACCUUUCACUUGUGGGUGAAAAAUGGAAGAUUUCUCUUUACAGUGAGCAGAAUUUACAGGCAUCUUUUUGUCUCUUUGCAGUUCUUGUGUCUGAAGAACAUUCGCACGUUCCUGAUGUCUUGCUGUGACGUGUUCGGGGUGAAGAAGAGCGACUUAUUCGAAGCCUUCGAUCUCUUUGACGUUCGAGACUUUGGAAAGGUAACGCCCACACACCCCCCUCUCUGAUUUCCUGUUGCAACCCCGUGUAACAAUCCCCUUUUUAUCACAUAUGCAGAUAUCCCCUUCAAUGCAAAUCCUUAUUGAGAUUUUGAACAAUGCUCAGUAGGAAUCAACUAAAUGUAUCAGACUCUAUCAGCACUCUCACAUUUACACUUUUAGGAUGACAUGGAUGUACGAUGUGUGUAGUUGAACAUAAGGAUAUCCCCAAAUUGUACAUUCAGUGGUUUGGUGAAGACUUGGCAUGUGUUUAUGUCUGUUUGCCUGUAUGUGUAGUUAUUUGUGUCUGUUUAAAAGCAGUUGCUGUUUGUCCUCCACCCAUCUCUCUCUGUGCAUUUUUCUGCUGCACUUCUCGAGGAACCGGUGGUCAGCUUUUUAUUGCUGCAUUAUUGUGAGAGCUGGUUUAGUGUGUGUACACAGUGUUACCAGGUCAGUGGGUUUGUAGUGCAUUCCUCCAUUGCUGCAGCACCACUGGCCUCGCAGCAAAGGAGCCAGAUUUAACUCCGCUGCAGCAGACGGCUCAUUCUCUCUGUCCAUCUUUAUUUUAGCAUGACAUUUUGUUUGGUUCUUUCAGUGCACAGCUUUGACUUGGAGCAGUUUGAGUUGUUUGUGCAUUCUUGGCUUGGACUUCAUUAUGUGUUUUUAAGUAUUUACUUAUUGCAGCGGACUGUCUAUAUAUAUUUAUCUACAUUAAAACAGUCCUGUUGUAUUUGAGUACAUGUUGAACACAAAGAAUAAUGGUGGGCAAUAUGGCAAAAAAAUCAUAUAAUAUAAGACUGUUUUGCAAGUUACUGACAAGUACAAUCAGAAUUGUCUAUUUCAAGUCCUUAAAGCUCCUGUGAGGAACUUUUGGUGAAUGCCAAAAUCUCAUCCUGCUGACUUUAAACAGUCAAAUGGAUCAUUUCUUUUAUUUCUUGGUAUUUUGUGUGUAAAGCAUAAAUACAGGAAUACAUUUUCAGCUGCUUGGCUGACACAUACCCCCUUGCACUGGUUUUAGGCAUUAAAAAUUGCAAUAUAAAAAUAAUCAUAUAAAAAUGGUCUUGUUUGCUUUUGUCAAGGUAUCACCAUGAAUUUCAGCCUGUUUCCCCAGUGCCAAAAAAAAACUCCUCAGUGGAACCAUAAAGGAAAGACUUAAACUGAAAUAUGUUUUUGUCACAGAUUUUAUUGCGUGUGCGAUUUAGCCAACUUGUCCCAAGCACAGUUGUUAUUUGGUCGACAACAACACAAAUCGGAUGAAGUGCAAUCUGACCGAAGAACAGCUAGCUUGUCAGGCUAGCAUUUCAGUUACUGUUAAGUUAGCAUAGGGUUUCUAAAGCUACUUUCAUAAUAAACUUAUGAUACUUCUUAAAUGAAUUUGAAUGAAUGAAUAUUAACUAAAAAGUAAAAUAACCCCCAAAGCUAACUAUAAAUAUAUAUUUACAAAAAAGGGAUAGAUCAAAAUGUUACAAAAGUAGGCAUUUUUACACAAACACGCAACAUCUUUCCCAAAUUCAAAAUCAUGAUACUUGAGUUUGUUUUGAAUGAUAAAGAAGAGAAAGAAAGUUUUGUUGUGUGAUGUCUUUUUUGUACAGAGUGAGACAUUGUCUUUGUGUCUACCAACUUGCAGUGCGCCACGUCUGUGUAAUCUGCCACUGAGAAACACAAGCUCUGCUACUAAGACCCACAGGAAAACUUAGAAAACUAUAGAUUUAAAGGAAUAAAAAUCCAAACAAAUUUCUCCAUGUAAAAAAGUUUUAAAAUUUCUUCAAAGAGGCUUCAUACACACGGUUAAAAAAAAUCAAAUAACACCUCCUGCAGAAAGAGAACAGUAUUCAUUGACUCUCUGACAGUGAGCGAUUGCAUAUGCAGCUUUGCGUGUCGUUUCCCACACAGGCUCUCUUUUCUUUCACUUCAGUGUGUUGUGCUCUAAAGAAGCUUCCAGUUAAUCUGGCUGCUGAUAAUCCCAUAGGGGAGGCACUGCCUGCAAAUAUGUACACUAUAUCCAGGCUGGGCUGCGUAAUCUCAGUCAUGUUUGAGGGUUGUCCAUCAGACAAACAAGCCUCCAGAGGGGGGAGAUUGCGCUGAAUCGUUAGUUUAAAAAAAAACAGUGUCCUCAAGGUCCAAGAAGAGUCAAACAAGAAAUACUCAAUCUCUUCCUAUUUCCAGAAAACAUCCACAAGAGAACAUCUCAAAUCUUAGCCAGUGUAAUCCACUUGGGUUGAGUUGUGCCAGUUUUGCCCGUUGACUGAGUAUUAAUCCAAUGAAUAUCUAAUGAGAGCUCUAUAACCUACAUUCCUCCACCGUGUUACUACAGGCUUCACCCUGAGCAGCCAUGCUAUUUAGAGGAAACAUGCCAGAGGCUAGAGAGAUGAAAUCAAGUGGAGUUAGAUUUUAAAUGUUAAGGUUAUUGAUGUUAUUGAUUUUAAAAAGAGGGGAGGUUUGAUGUUUGCAAUACCAACUCUUUUCCUCUCAAAAAUGUACUUUUCUAAGACCUGUAAGAAGGUCCAAUAUUAGCUGUUUAUAUGAGUAAACACAUCUUAUAGAAAAUUCAUGAAUUUUUCAGGUGGUGUGUUGUGGGGGCCUGCCUUGAAAUCCAUAUGGCCACCCCUAGAUGAUUGAAGUUAGGGAUUUCAGAGGCAGGACCUGGGCUGGAAUCAACCGUAUGGUUUGUGUUGCUACAGGCUGCUAGUAACUUAGUAUUUCAAAGUAGUACAGUUUUGUGUCGACCAAAAACUGGAGCUAACACUUCAAACAAACAUCGAACAUGAUGUGCAACUGUUCGUGCAUGUUCGAAUUUUGCUGUCUUAUCGGUGAUGGACUUGCUAGGGAUGCUUUUUUGUUGUCGUCACAUGGUUGUCAAACCAUAAGGACAGCUGCUUUGUACAAUGGUGACAUACGACCCUGCCUUCAAUCAACAGCGUAGAUCACGAAAUAAAUCCACACAGCGCUUUUCAGAUGUUUUAGUAUCUUGAUUGUCUGCUCAGUGUGGCUUUGCUCAACCAUGUCCUUCAUUUUUGUAGAAUAAUAUGACCGUAUUAGUUUACCAAGGUCGAGAGUGUAUUGACUGGACAAGUUACGAUAAAAACACCUUCUGCUGUAUAUUUCAGCAAGCUUCUUUAGACAGCCUGAUGUGGUGGUACUCUGUAUUAAUGAGUUUGAACGUCUCAUAACAGUUGAAAACUCGAUUUUCGAUUUCGAAUUUUUAUUCAGUGACAGCCUCACCAAACUGUCUUUUUCUAUCAUCUCUCAUAACAAAACCACUAAAAAUAAUGUAGUGCAUAUGCCAAGCCAGUAAGCAGCACUGUAACACUGCCCAGGAAAUGAACAAAAGACAGAAGAAGAGUUCGGAGCAUGGCUGCCAUGAAAGAGUUACACUGUGUGUCACAUGAUCGUUUCGAGAGAUGCAGAUAGGCAUCCACUUGGAGAUGAAAUGAUAGUCGUUUACGGAGUUUUGCACUCUUUUACCCGUUUUCAGAAAGUACCUUCUACUGCGAAACUCUGAAGCCGUACCAAUUACACACGACUGACUCGCUCUUGCCCCUUUUAGUCACGAAAUUAUCGCUUUCUUUUGCAAACGCCAUGAUUGUUUACACUGGUGUGUGUGGGAACUGGGGGCAGCACUCUUGCAGGAAGGGGGGGCCUACGGUGGCCUGGAGGCACAAGACAUUACAGAGAGGAAAAUCAAUUUGACGAUUUUAAUUUUCUUUAACAUCAUCAAAAUUAGAUAAUCUGAUUAUGAUUCAAAAUCGAUUAAUCGUGCAGCCCUAAGUUUGAAUCUCAGAAGCUCAGAAGGCUCAUAUGUCGCCAUUUUAUGAUGUUACUUACUCACGUAGGGCUCUAACAUAUAUGCCGUAUUUUGAUGCCAGUAGUCUGUAAAUCGAUGCCCCAGUUGGGCCACCCCAUUUCAAAAAGUCUGGAUCCGCCCCUGUUUGUCUGUGGGGUAGAAGUUAAGGCGCAGUCACCUUUAUCGAGGGCGAGGACGAGAAACGAGGGAAACUGCUUACCCAGUUCUGUCAAAAAGAUGAAAAGUCCUUCUGUGUUUAACUUUAACUAACUAAUGAGAAACUUUCUGUUCAGUUUGUUUGAUCCUGUUUCUGUUUGAUCGCCUGCUGUUUAAAAAAUAACAGAGGAAAACUCACGCACACCACAAAGUCAAACCGGCCCUUUUUUCUUUUCCAGAUUUAACAAACAAUGUUCUCGUACCGCUUUGUGUGUUUGGGUUUUUAAAAAGGAACACCGUGAGAUUUAAGAGUUGUAAUUAAACAUAUUUUUAACAUGUCGACAUGCCUGCUUGUAUAAUUCAGGAGAAUCUGGCAUGUGUUUGUGUUUUAUGAGAUGAUGGUACAACUUUUCCUUUGUUUGCCAUCAUUUUUUCUGUUGCUCUGGGUUUUUUUUUUUUGUAAAGAGGUCACGCUCACCACGGUGGUUGGACUUCAACUCAGCUUGUGGCUUUGCAUCUCAAGUUGAGUGUGGCUGAAACCAAGUGUCAGAUCAUCAGACAAGUCAGGUGUGAGAAAAACAAGUAGCGGAGGCAGCGUAACAAGAAGUUUUUAAGUUUUAUUACACUUUCUCUCAUCUGUCUCUCGAAACAGACAAUCUGUGCAUCUCUAAAGUUCAUCUUUUCCUCUCAGCAACUCCAUUUAAAUGACAAAUGCCGAUGCAAUGUUGAUCAUUUUUCAGCCUUUCAGUCUCCUAAAACAAAUGACCCAUAAAACUAUGUUUUUUGUUAUCUUGCGUUGUGCAGGAGCACAUCCCCACACUUAAAAUAAAUGAAAUCCUCUCACGUCAGAGGCAACUUUUGUCUUUGUAACAGGAAAGACAGCGUUUCAGCCGCUGUAAAUAACUUCUGAAGAUGAAGAGGCCUUUUGAAGCUUUAAAGCUGAACGCUCUCACUACUCUUACAAGUCACACGAACACCUGUUCAUCAGCCAAAGCCACAGCACUCGUUCACACAGGAAGAGGAGACACACUGCAGAGAGACUCUCAUAUCUUACCCCAUCUAUCAUCUCUUGAAACCAAAAUCCAAAUCCUUAGAGCAGAGUGAGCUGUUAAGUGUUGACUAGAAGCUUCUCUAGAAACAUGGGGUCAUAAAAUAAUCUGGGCAUUAGCUACGUUAAAUUAACCGCCUGUUUAGUAGCAGUGCAAAAAUGUAGAAUAAUCUUUUUUGAGGAUGUUGAUCUGCGAAUUGUACCAUUAUAUUUUUCUUUAGCACCCUUUGGCAGACCUGUGUGAACUGUCAUUACAUGCUGUAAACAUUAACUCUCAGGGGUUGAUCUGUCGGGUCAGAGAAGCUGGUUUAUCAGACUGAGUCAAACUGAUGUCCAGUGUGAGGAUUACUCCAGUGCACUUUUCUGUUGAAAUCAGCUCUCCUGUGUCAUUUGUGGUUGUAGGCGCAUGAAUGAGCGGUUAAUGUAAGAUUAUGGCACUCAGGGGGAAAAUCCACGCUUAAAUCUAAUGGUAAAUAUACAUCCCUGAGCUUAAAAUAGUGUAUUUUUUCACAUUAGGAUUAAAAAUAUGACAAGGAAAAACACGACUUCAAUCAAUAUUAAGGUGUAAAAUUAACUGUGAUGACACUUCAUAAGUGUUUAAAGAUUUUUUAAUACAGAUUUAUUGCAGGGCAGAUCUGUCAACAAAGAAAUUUCUUGCUUUCUAUUUCUCCAGUUGUCACGUUGACACCUCCACCGACCACACACACACACACACACACACACACACACACACACACACACACACACAAACAUAUGCAACGACUGCCUCAUGCAAAGGAAAUGGUCAUGUCAGCGUCUGGUCAUGUCAGCGUUCGCCUCUUUGUCUGUUUCCUUCAAAUUGUGUUUCAUUUAUCAGAAACACAUUAAGGUUAAACUCUCAAAACAUAUUACAUGAAGUUUACAAGUCAUAAGUAACCACCAGGUGUUGGAAAAAGAGCCUUAAAAUGAUGAUUUAUAUCACUCACAUAACGAGAUUAAAGACGUGUUUGAUUUACAGAUUUACUCUAUUUUCUUCACAGGUUAUGGAUACCUUAUCAAAACUCUCUCACACAUCAAUUGCACUGCAAGGAGGAUUCAAGUGAGUGCUCCUACAUCACAAAAACAAAAACACAGACUUGGAUUUGAGUGGAUUUUAAAAGGUUUUGUGAUGUUUUAAAAGGUCUUGUUCUAAAAAAAAAAAAAAAAAUGUGCACACACAUUUUAUAAGAGAUGUCCUGCAACCUCUCUGCCUGCACUCUGAAAUUAUGACACUGCAGCCACAUAACCACAUCUCACCCACUUACUCCCAGUUUUACUAGACAAUUUUCUGUAUUACCAGUAAGUAGAAACACAAAUUACGACCCCUGACAGUUGAACUUUAUAUCAAGAGGAAUAAAAAAGAACAAAAAUGUUGCUUUUCUUUUUAUUUACAAUGAACAUAUGGUAUGAAAUAAGAAAUUGGAAGUCCUUUAAAUCUGUCUAAACUAUUCGGCUAGAAGUUAAUAUGUGAUGCUGUCUCUUAUUUCAGCAUUUUCCUUAUUUUUUGGCUUCACCUUGAUAUAUAAAUUCAUUUUUUAGGUGCUGUUGUAAAUCAGGAUAUUUGUUGCGCCAUUAUGAGGCCGAGUUGUGUCCCUUUCUUAUGCCGUAUAUAUUUGAUUUAGGCAGUUCCCUCCUCAAUAAGAGUUUCUUUGCAGUAUUUUCCUCAUGCCGAACACUGAGCCUCAUGCUGCUUUUUUUUUUUUGUCACUUCCAGGCCAUUCCCAACCGAAGAAAGCCUAAAAGACGAAGACAUUUACAAUAAUCUGAAAGACUUGAUUGAGUAUGUAUGAGGCUCCCCUCUGCGGGGCCAUUACUGCUGUUGAUAGAACGUGAUUAUUUCUGCUCAUCAUCCAUGCUCUCCAGGGGUCUGACACCCACAUGUUUUGGUAAAAGGCUUGGCUCCGUUUCUCUUUUGCCGUCAGAGGGAAAAAAUGAGUAAUUCUGCAUGUUUUUGCGGAGUGCUUGCAAACCACCCACAUCAAGAUUCAGGAUGGGUGUCGCUGACAGUUUGAUUGGUAGAUAAGAAGGAUGAGGGUCUUCAAAUAAGUGUCAUAUUUGUGUUAUUUCUAUGUCAUAUUUGUACUUUUACUACCUUAUUUUUACUUGUCUAUUGCACUGGAAAAGGAGAAGCUCUCCAAUCUCGUUGUACUUUUAGUAUGAUGACAAUAAAGAACAUUCUGAUUCUGAUUCUGAUAUCACAGUCUUGGUGCAUGUUUAAAUUGGGUUAGGGUUAACUUCAUUUCCAAAUUAUGGAUGGAUAGUGAAUUAAUAGUAUGCAUGCAUUAUGUAAAGAUUUUUAAUAAUAGAAGACUAUUUUCACUAGUUUUGUUUUAUCUUUUUCUAUUUCAUUUCAUUUCAUUCAGUUUGUUGCCCCAAUGAUUUCACAAUGCAACUUUAACUUCCGUCAGAAACUCAAAACACUUGAAAUCUACUCAUACGUGUAUCCGUUGUGUUUUGUCUAAUAGUGAGAAUGCCCCAGAGGAUGAGGAUGACUUGUACGCAGCUGUUUACCAGCUAGAGGAAGAUGACGCAGGUGGAGAGAUCUAUGAAGACCUCAUGAGGACAGAGCAGCAACCCCCACUGGUACAGCACUGCGCAUCUCACCCACAUGUGCGCGCAAACAGACAUACAUAAACAUCUUCUCAUGAUUUGGCGGACUACUUUGAAAAGUUAGCGAAACUUAUUUUUGCUAAAAAUGAUAAUAUGCAGUGUGAGUCCCACAGGGUUUUGUUUUAGGCCCACUGCAAUUUACAUUAUGUCACUGCUAAACGGAGAAACAUACUCAAGAAAUGCUAAUAUUAUUUUACAGCUUAUUAGUCUACCUUUAAAUAUAAUACCUAACAACUGUUUUGAAUGUGCAGCUCAAAAAUCUAAUAUUUUUAGGUGUUGUUGGGCACUGUUUCCGUCCUGUUUUGAUAUGAAGGACAAACUAUGGACAAAUGGAACAACAAUAACUGAAAUAUCUUUAAACCCUGGACCUACCUUCUUGAAAUGUAUACACUGUUAUUAUGAUUCGUCUCUCCCUAUGUAACAAUAUAUAUUUGUAUGUAUAUUUUUCCAUCUGUGCCUUUUCGUUCCUGUUCUUUUCUAGUUCUUUUCCUUUAUUUCACUCUUUACAAGUAUUUUGAAAAACUGAAUAUAUUCAUAAAAAUAAAGUUUAAAAAAAAAAUCUGAUAUUUUACAUUUUUUUGCAGUAAGAUCUGUUUCUCAUUGAGGCGUUACAAGCAUUACAGACAAGAGUAAUCUUAGUCCAAAUGAUAUUUAUUCCCUAAAUUGACUAUUAUUGUUGUGCCGUUUAAAAGAAGACAUCGCAGAAAAAAAGAAAAAAUAACAGUUUGAUUGAACCCUAGACUUUAAUUUUAUUAAAUGUGGAUGUUGCUAGUGGAAAUUUUAAUCUGGGUUUUAGUCCAUGUUGAUGCAAAGAGAAAAGGAAAUUCUCAACCAACACACAAACGCACUUUUUAACACUCAAGGUGUUAAAAAAAAACAACAGACUAUAUGAAUAUAAAAGCAAAUAUUACAAUUUUUAAAUAUAUGUGAACAUUUUUGUGUGUCUGUCUAGAAGCAGGCAGAGGUUGACGUCCGGAGCUGCUGCCUUACAGAGAUCAAACAGACGGAGGAGAGGUACACAGAAACCCUGGAGUCCAUAGAAAAGGUACUAUAUAUCAUUUUACAUAUUUUUUUUUCUAUCUCCAGUUUUUUUAUAUUUACCUUGAAGUCACUAAAUUAGACCAGUUAUUUAACUUUUAUAUGUUCCAAGUUCAGGAAUCAGCAAACUUAUGAGCCUUUUUAGCCAGCCUAGUUCUGACCUUUGGCACAGAGGAAGUCUUGGGACAGAAGUUUGUAAGUUCCUGUACUCAUUUGUCUGAUGUAGAUUAGGAAGUACAAAGGAAGUAAACCUGAAAUAGACUUGUAAAUAAGAACACACCGGUGUUUUUGUCACUGCGCUGGCAAAGAUGACUAACCUACACAUUCAUACAGCAAAUAGGGAUGAGUAAGAUACCCAAAGCGCUUAACAACACACUACAAUAAACAUAACUAGAUACCAAAAGCCUGGAUAAACAAGUGUCGCUUCAGAGCAGACUUGAAAGAGUCAAGAGUCUGUGCUUGGCGAAUCUCAGAGGGGAGAGAGUUCCAGAGAGGAGUUGCGGCCACACUGAAGGCUCUGUCACCGAGGGAUCGCCCUUUCCCAUGACGGACAGUGAGGAGCCCAAGACAGAUAGUGUGGGGCUAGGGCAUGGAGAGCUUUGUAGGUGAGCAGGAGGAGUUUGUAGAUGAUACGAUAUUUGACAGGAAGCCACAGCAUGUCAGCCUUCAGAGGGGGUAUGAAUAUUCAAGACAUGACUUUUGUUCAGCACAGUCAGAGGAGUGUAAUCUUUGGAGUUUGAUUCUAAAAUAAAAACUGGGCCUCGCUGUAAAUCCUUUUACCAGCUUCUGAAUAUGACACAUGUGCAAGGGUGGCCUGUAAAAACCCAGUCUGUGUACCCUGACUCUGAGACAUUAAGGUUGAAGGCAGAUUCAGCCGCUUAAAUCUGUAUUUGAAACCAGCAUGAUUUUUGUUUUCUGCGUUUAAACAAUUUUUGAGUCACAAAAAUGUGCUGAAUUUUUUGUGGGAGAUCUUGGUGUGGAGUGAAAGCUGUGUAUCAUCAGCGUAGAACUGAAAAUUUGCACUGGAGACAUUUUGGUCGGUGUUUUUGAUAAAAAGAAUAAAAGCGGGGGUCCCAGCACUGACCCCUGAGGAACUCCUUUGAAAACUGCAAGAGAGUUCAAGUUGAAGCCGUCUUUCUGCACACACCGUGGUCAUCUGACAGUCCUGCUUAUAACAGUCUGUGUUGGAGUAGUCCAGUGUAUGGUUAACAGAAGAGGUUGAUCAAUUCAUCGUCUGGUUGAGUUGAUUUUGAAAUAGAUGGCAUCUGUCUGCAAACACUGCCAAUGUUGUGGCUGCUUUCAAGCCAUGUUAACAUUUCAGCCCAUUUUAAACACCAAGACAGUGCAGAGCAAUGAUCCAAAUACAGACAAUCAGAACCUCAGCGGCCCUCUUGGCUCAAUUACACUAAACUUAAGCCAAGGUCUGCAGUGAGCUGGAGACUCAGGAUCUUUGUUUUUGAGCCUGAGCAAGAGUCAGAAAACCCCACACAGCUCAUGAGGCAGAACAAGGCUUUGGCUGAAGAGGUGGAGCAGCUACAGGAAGAGCUCAAGAAGACCAGCGAGCAACACAAGGAGGCUAAUCUGCAGAGGGACAUCGAGAUCCGAGACAUGGAGCUGCAGCUUUUUAGAAAAGAAGGUCACUGAAUCAGAUGCUCUGAGAAAAGUCCAGACGGUUGAAGAUGAUCUUUGGAAGCAGAAGCGGGGUUGUCUUUAAACUGAAGAGAGGAGAACGCUGGAUUUUUAAGAAUGAGCUGUCCCACAAAAAUAAGAAGCUGGAGGAUGAGCGGCUGCAGAGAGAGGUGGAGAGAGAGCCAGCCUCCUUCAGUCUCUGGAUGUUUACAAAAAGGCCAUGGAGGAGAAGCACAGACAGGCGUGGAGGAGAAGAUGCAAGAGAUGGAGAGGAGACCCAAAGAAAAACGUCCAUGUGGCAAAGAUUUAUCUGGUUGUUUUAAUAAACUGGAUAAAGAUUUCCUUUUUCCCUUCCCACAGCCCUGAACUAUGUUCUCCCCUCUCAAAAUCCCUAACUCCCUCUACCCUUUUCUCCAAGUCCCCCAUUUCUAUUGCUCUCCUACCCAUCCUUGAAGAUGGGAUCUCUCUUUGAAUUGCCUCUUUCAAAGUUUCUUCCUGAUUAAGGGAGUUGCUCCUUGUCUUCAUAGAGAGCUCGGGCAGGAUAUUUUAUGUCUCAAAGGUCCUGUUAAGCCUUUUGAGACACUGUGUGUUGCGUAGGGGCAAGAACCCAAUUUCAUUUCCCUCAUCCUACCCCAAAGCAGAACAUCAAUCUUAAAAAAAAAGAGAAUGAUAAAAAGAUCAUCAUCCUCGUUGCCAAUAAAAUCAUUUAACAUAAAAAAAUAGAGCAGCUUUUUAUAGUUAUCCUAAAACCAGGCUGAUGUAAGCUCAUAUAAGAAGAAUAAGAAUUCAAACUCUUUUCAAACUUUUGCGGAACUAAAAACUGAAGGAACUAGGGUCUGAAUCACUUCUCGGUAAAGAAAAGUACCCCCUGAAAAGCCCCUUCUGCUUUUCCAGGAACUUGGUAACUGGUCCAGGGACUUUGGGAGGCAUGGCCUGAUGAUUACACGUGCCUUAAAAAAACCCCAAAAAAGGUUUUUUUAUUUACGUAAAAUACUGGAUAGCACAGUCAACCUAGUCAAGAUAACAGUAAAUGAAAAUGUCGAACACUAAAGGGACAUUUCAAGGAAAAUUCAUAGAUGUACAUUUCAUGAUUUUCCAGUGGGGUAUUGCCAUUUACCUCUGAUCUGUCAUCUAAUGUGAUAUUUGUUGUUGGUUUCAGUAUGAGUGCACCCAUCUGUGGUUGUUUUUAAUUAUAAUAUGAAUUGUUCUUAGCUGAAUAUUAUUUUACUGCAAGAACCAUAAAGUUUUCAUCUGUUUGUGUGUUUUAUUUUCCCUCCAGUAUUUCCUGAAUCCGCUGAAGAAAUUUUUCUCUGCGGCUGAAAUCGACAAAGUUUUUGUCAACAUCCCUGUAAGUUUCCUUUCUCUCGCAUGCCACGAAUCUGAAAAGUUAACUUUCAGAUACUGAUGUCUUCUUUCUUUCUUUGGCAGGACCUGGUUAAAGUUCACAAGAGCCUGAUGGUUGACCUGCAGGACUCCAUCCUGAACAAAAAUGCCUUAAAUCUCUACCAAAUUUUCAUCAACUACAAAGACAAGUAUUUAUACUCACCAACAACAUCAUUUACUUUUUAGCCAUUUGAAUCACAUCUUACAUAUUGAAUUUAAACUUAAAGACACAAUGACUGACACCCUCUUUUGAAAUACAGUCUGCUCUGUGUAGAGGAGUGACGUCCUUAUCAGUCAAAUCUUGUGGUGGCGAUGACAGUCAUGCAACUGAUUCUACAUCAAGAAAUCACAAUCUUAAUCAUGAGCCACAUGACUGCAAUAUGUCAUGAGUGACACUUAUCAGCUUGGCCUCAUCAGUGUUUCACCAUAUUUCACUCUGCAUGUGAACAAAUACACACCAACACUCUUUUUUUUUUUUUUUAUUGAACUCUCUUUCCUCUGAAUCGCAGGCUGCUCAUUUAUGGGAUAUACUGCAGCCGGGUGGAGAUUGCCAUCGCUGUUUUAGACCUUAUUUGCAAAGAGAAAGAGGAUGUUCGUCUCAAGCUGGAGGUGAGGGGAUCUAUAGAUGUAGCAGCCUCUGGUGGGCAUUUUGUGUAUUACAUAUAUGUUGUUUUACUGUAGCUUAUUCUUGCCAAUUUUAUUCAAUAAGAAACAGCAAAAUAAUGGGAAAUGUCAGAUUUAAAACAGUUGUGCAUGAUUUGGAAACAAGAACAACUUUGUGCCAUUAAAAACAGACACUUUAAAAGCUGCAUUUCAGCCAUAUUUGUAAUUAUGCAUUGCAGGUUUUGCAGUUUUAAAUGCAGUAUGACUAUUUUUGAAUGUUUUAGGAGUGCUCAAAGAGAGCCAACAACGGGAAGUUUACACUGAGAGACCUGCUGGUUGUUCCCAUGCAGAGGGUGCUCAAGUACCAUCUGCUCCUCCAGGUAAGGGAAGGAAAGCUCUUAAAAAUCCCCCUUUUUUUUAUUGUUACUGUGUUUUAUCAUGUAAACAAACCCUCUGUGUCACAUAAAACACGAAUACAAAAUAUCAUUCAGUCUUUCAAAUGAUUGUCAAAGAUAUCACUCUGAUGCAAGUUUAAGUCCUCAAAGUGUUUUAUCAAUGGUAUCGAUUCAUCCUCUGUGAUGUUUUUCUGUCUGUAUAAAAGUGGCCACUUGAGGGCAGCAUUUUCCACAUAUUGGCUUUAUGUUUGCCUCCCCUCUCAGUGUCAAAACAGAUUCACACCAGGCACAAAACAUCUGCUUCAACAACCCAUUUACAUCUCACAUCCCAGUCAUCAUAUCAUAUCCAGCCCAAACAAAUUGUGAUGAACGAGUGAUGCAACAAAAAGUUUGAUCUGUCCUGUUCGGUUUCAUCCCAGAGAGUUUCGUACAUUUUUAAAAAAAAAGAGACUUGUCAAAGGGAAAAUAUUUAUUCCUGGAGUGUCCUUCGCCUUUUGUUGCAAAAAUAGAAUUUCAUUCAGACAAAAAAAUGUGACAGUAACUUCAUUUCGCACACGGCUGCAGCUCUCAUGUUGUGCGGCGCCGCUGCCCUAUUGCCACACAUGCGGUCUUACACAAUGCCUCCACUUUCACCGCUUACUUCUAGCCAUGUGACACCUUUUUCCUCGAGUUAGUAUGAAUGAGAGGUCAGACUGUAGCUGGCAGUGCAGGCGAGCACAAUGACUGGACAGCUGUUUUAAAUGGCUGUGGAGGGUAAAGGCCUCCAUGGUAAAUGGCAGUGAUUGGGGGUGUUCUCAGACGCCCUCUUAGCAGACACUUAACGGAGGUAAAAAAAAAAAAGGGAUGAGAGAGCAGAAAUAAAGUGCUCAGCAGGCGAGCGAUGCUACAGAUAAAUAGUUUUUGUUUUACCAAUUAAGAAAUGACAUAACUGAGGUAAUGAAGGGUUAAUUGGCCUCUAAGGAUUCCAUCUUAAUGUAGAUAAGAUGUAAAAUGCACAUAUUUAAAUAAGACAACACAUGUUACACUCUAAAUACAGUCCUGACAGCUUGUAAUUAACAAGCAGCAUCUGGUUUGAAUCGAGGAAAAAUCCUGAGGUGCCAAAAAAGCAAGCAUGACGCUGCAGUAUACGAACCAGAUAAUAUAGAAAAACUGGUGCCAAACUCAGGAAAACAACCUACUUAUUAACUAACCAAUGUAUAAUAUGUGUAAUUAUAUUUGCAGUGGAAGUGACUCAGUCUGGACAAGAAUAAGAGCUAUUUGUCUCAUGUGUUUCCUAAUGCCUGACUAGUCCGUUGACGUCAGUGAAGCCAGAGUCUACAGCAGGAGAUCUAAUUGUGCUUUUUUGCAGGAUAUUACCAGUGAAUGUAGAGGAAUGACUUUUUUGGCAGGGAGUGUGAAUAUUACAGAAUAGAAAAAAAAGUAGGUCACUUAGGAACAAAAACAAACAAACAAACACAAUCUUUAUCUAAAACCCUUUGCCGUCCACAACCUCAACCACAACCUAUCAGCUAUCUCUAAGCUGCAGCAGUAUAAGAGCUGUAAAACUGAUGUGGAGAUGAUGAGAGAACUUUCUAGAUCUUUUUUGUUUGAGUAAAACUAGCAGUAAGACCCAGAAUAAAACCCAAUUAACAAACAAGGCUUUAAAGCUACUAUAAGAAAUUUUGAGCUGGUUAUAAAAUCGACUGAUAUUGAUAUUAUUGCGUAUGUAUGACCUUCAAUAGCAAAUGAGAUCAUCAGCAAGAGGAUUGAUUGUUUCUUUACAGUUAUUUUUGAUGCCUAAUUCACUGAUGUAGGGUAGGAGCUUUAAGUCAUUGUAUGUUAGAUGAGUAUGUUUCUUUCAUUAGGAAAGUAGAACAAAGCAGGAAAUACUGUUUUUUCAUGUCUCACAUCACACUCAUUAUCACUAAAUUUCUCAUCUGCACAAGAGGGAAUCAGUUGGGUUUAGUACAAUAACUUUUAAUUAGUACUUUAGUACAGUGGUUCUCAACUGGUCUCACUCUGGGACCCAUAUUUUCCCAUGGUCCUUAGGUAGAGACCCACUUUUAUAGAAUUCAAACCAAGCAGGUGUAUUUUUUAUUUAAAAAAAAAAAAAAAUGUUUUAUUGAGUAAAGUGCAUUUCAGAGCACAUGAAGGGGACAACAUGAGGACGACAACUACUGAAGUUGCAAAUACCAAAUACCAAAAAAUAUCAAAUAUCUAAUAAAUAUCGCAUUCAGUAUUUACUCUUUUGACCAGCUGUUUGUGACCCAUCCAGAACGUGUCCGCAACCCACUUUUGGGUCAGGACCCACCAGUUGAGAACCACUGCUUUAGCACAUUGCUUAAAUCUACUGUGUUACAACAUAUCACGACUUUUGCAACUUUUUUCCAAAUGCCGAUCAGAUGUCCAAGUCUUUUUGAGAAAACUGCAAGAUGACACUGAAAAACACUCCUCACCAGUCGAGCUAAAUCUGUUCACCUUGAGUGUCGUUUUUUUGUAUGAGCUGAGCGCAUCAUUCAUUAUCCAUCAUCUUCCAACAGGAGCUUGUCAAACACACUCAUGAUGCUGCUGACAAAACCAACUUGAAGAUUGCUCUUGAUGCAAUGAAGGUUAGUGAAAUGAGAAUUGUUGCGUCGUUAGCUCUAAUAAUCUUUACCUCUGCUGUGAAGUUAUACUACAUAAAAAAAUGAAGUCAUUGACCAUCCAUGUUUUUCGUUUACCAGUGUUAACACAUUGAUAAAAUUUUACAUUAACACCACACAUACUCAGUGCUUUUUAUCUCAUAAGGGAGCCAGACACCUUUCCUGAGGUCUUGGCAGAAAAUACAGGAAAUCCAUGACAGCAGACAUCUUGAGAAAUAAGAAGCAGGUUGUUGGCUUAGCUGUGCAUAAAAGUUGCAAACAGGGGAACGGGUAUCUUGGUUCUUCACAGAGAAAACCAAAUAUCAGUUCAUUUUAAGUUCUCCAAAUAGGUUUAAUCACUUCUUAAGAAAUUGGUACAACAAAUGGGGUGAAAGUAGAAAAUUGCAGGCGGGUCUUUUGCUUAACUAUUCAAUGUUUACCCUGUUUCCAGUCUUCAUGCUAAGCUAGACUAGACAGACUAACCAGCUCCUUCUCUGAUCAUCACAUUAAACACAAGAUCAAUAUUUCUUGUAACUUUUAUUCAGGAUAAAAAAAUGUAUUUUAAGAGUAGUUCAGGGGGGUACAAACAAAAAAGAGCAGCACAAAACAAACGGAGGUGAAGUUUGCUCCUCUUGCUUUUACAAAUACAUGAGCCUGACUUUUUGACUCAUUUCACUGCCUCCACACUGAACCCUCUUAACGAAAUACGUGUGCAUUUGUGUGUCUGUGUAACCCAGGACCUGGCUCAGUACGUCAAUGAGGUGAAGAGAGAUAAUGAGACUCUGAGGGAGAUCGACCAGUACCAGAGGUCUAUUGAAAACCUGGUAAACCACAAACUCUUUUUUAUGAAGCUGUCAGCAGGGGUUAGUAUAAACUUUGAAAGAGUGCAACAACAGAGCAACUGGACUUUUUAAAAUUAUUUUGGAGAUGGUCAGAUUUACAAUCACAGAUUCACCGGGUAAGGUCAGCGGUCCUACAGCUUUUGAACAAUGCAGGGAUAUCAGCGAAUGACACCCAGUGCAGGUUAAAUAUAAGAAAUGCAUAAUUUUAAAGCUACUGUGGGAACUUUUUGACCUUAAUGAAACAGACUGAAACUCAUAUUGAGGCCUCUUUAUUAUUUCCCAAAACAAACAUCAUCAUCACCUACAAGAUUUAGGAUUUUAACAUCCUAAUAUUCAUACCUGAAACCUGUGGAAGGAGGGAAGUUGUUUUUUUACAGUUUCUAUAUAACAAUUUCUCUAUAAAUGAGACUGUCGAAAGUCAGAAGGAAGGGAUUUUUAUUUUGAAAGUUACAACAUAAUCAUGUAUAGGACAAAAUAGGCAUAGACUGCUUUGUCCACAAGGGGGCAUCAAAAUUUGCACACAGCAAAAGUUCCUCACUGGAGCUUUAAAUUGUUAAUGCAGAUUAAUCUUCCAUAUUUUGGUGAUUACUUCUUUAAACUUGCCUGCUUUAUGCUGGAUUAAUGUUAUUUUAUUAAUUUCUUUAAUUUUAUAUUUUCCUACUAGAUGAAUCCCUUUUUUAAACAGUUUUAUAAAUAUUCAAAGACAAAGAUGAGCUAAAAUAACUCAUAUUAGUUACCUUUUCAUUUCCCUAAAUCUCCUAUUAGGAGUUUUCACAUGGCCAUGAAACAGGCUGAAAUCAAUAAAGAUGUCUAAACAUGACAUAAUAAUCCAAAAUCAACAAUUUGACUGUAUUUUACUUGUCAUUUCUUGUGUCCUAAGCUGUUGCCAGGUGUAGGUGUGAUGUAGAGUGAUAAAUGGGAUGCUGAUACAGACAAUUUUAGCAAAUAUUAAAGUUGAAUGAUAUUUUUGACUGUUAAAAAAGAGAGGGAAAGACUUUUUUUUUGUUAAAAUCUACUUGCAUAUGUACAGGACAAAUGAAGCAAAGAAAUAAGAGGUACUACUUUGACUACAGAGGGCGCCAAAAUUGUGAAAAAUUUAUAGUCUUACGCAGGAGCUUUGAAUAUCUCCCGCCUCUAAAGCAGGAACUAUCUUAGAAGACAGAAAAACAAGAUCAGAUAAAGUGACAUACUGAGAAAUAAGUGACCAAGGAUGGAUAGUAGGCAAAACUAUCAUAUGGCAGACAGUAAUAAAGACCUCAUUGAUUGAGCGUGAUUGAAACCGUCAUUGGUGAUAACAGGAGUCGACUACUACUGCUCAAAAAGAUGAGCGUUGCUUGGGUUGUGUCGACGUGACUCAUUAAUGUUGUAAUAGGUUACCUUUUGAAGUGCUCUUCAUGUUUAGAUCAAACAUGUUACUUUCAUUUUUAUACAGCUCUUUCUUUCUCUUUCAGAAUCAGCCUCUUAUCAGCUUCGGUCGACCUAAAGGAGACGGAGAAGUACGCAUGGUCUCCAGUGUUGACAAGAGAAAACAAGACAGGUUGUUCUUUUUUCAACUGUCAUGUCUGGGGAAAGAAAUUACGAUUGCAGACAGGGGGAAAAAACAGGCAAUUAAAUGUCUGGAGUGGAUUGCUCUCCUGAAACACAGCCAUGCAAGAUAGUUACAGACCCAUAAAUUUUUACUGAGUGUGCUCCUUGGACCCUUAUACAACCUACGCAGCUGUCAAAUAGAGGAGCGUAAACAUCUCUUUUUCUAUUAAACGCAUUAAAGACCAUGUGUUUACAGCAUGAAAGCAAAAACAAGCACAUAACAAAUCACAGCUUUUAACUAACUGCUGUUUAAGACUCGAGAAACUCGCUGAGGUAUUUGAAUAUUUUGAAAAACCUCAACAAACUGGUUCUGAAUGCUGAAAAUGCUGCUCCGUGUGAAAAUAUGAGAGCAUAACACUCGGUCCCUUCUUUUUGCAGACAUAUCUUUUUAUUUGAUGUGGCCGUGAUUGUCUGCAAGAGACGAGGAUACAACUAUGAGAUGAACGACAUCCUCGACCUCAACUACUUCAAGAUCACAAACAACCCCACGUCAGACAGAGAGGGCAAGAAGGUCAGACAGCUAAAUGGAUUCCUGUGAAUUCAAAUAAACAAACGCUGCAUUUCUUUAUUAGAAUUUGUGCACUUUGCAUCCCAGAAAAUAUCUCUACCCCCACAUGUGUAAUAAGCCUCUUAAUGUUUAAGGUUUGCUGUUGCUUUUCCUCGUCUGUCCUGCUUGCUGUUUUUAUUGCUUUCGUAAAUGUCAGCUGCCUUAAUAAGAGUAAUCCGCGAUGAUAUCCUCAGUGGUGUUUCUCCUUUUUAAGAAUCCCUCACAUAGAAGCGUCAGAGGCUUCCCCCUUUUGUCACCCAGCACAGUUUCUACAUGUUAUUUUUCGCCUUGUGGGAACAUUUGCAGCCUCGCUGUAGUGGAGGGGACUUGUUGAUGUCUUGUUGAUGUAUGCUCACAGAUGGUGUCUUCUCACUCCGGUGCUGAUUGCUAAUGUAAAACUGACAGCUUGCCAGAGUGAAAUGGUUUGGUGGAUUUUUUCUCUCAUCAAAGGGACUCCAUUAUCAACCUCAUUUACUCCACUGUGGAUCGGUGAUGCACGCGUGAGAGUGUGAUUGGUAAUGAACGAGUGCAGUUUUGAAGUGCUUUAUUUUGGGAGGGGUGUGGAGUUGUCGCCCAACAUGUCCAAAUUAGCAAUCUCGCAGUGAGCAUUAAGCGACACAAUUAUGUGAUUUAUUCAUAAGAAAACCCCCGCACAGAAAAGAAAAGACGAGCCUUCUCAGAGACCCUACCUCCACCCCACGCUCAAACGCACACCUUUGGACAGAGAUGCUAAUACCAGGUGAUGAAUGUGUGCAGUCCUCCAAGGCUGCUUAAAGCCAUAUAUCAUUUUCUGCUAAAUGAAACUUCAGAGUGUGAAUGUGGUGCCACUGAGCACCCACACAGUCAUCAAUGAUUUAACACUCAGCAGAGCUCUAAAACACUCAGGACUUCGCAGGGCUGGCCAAUCACUGGCGGGUAAGCCCUGCCAGAUUCCCUGUUUUUAGAUCUGACACGAGAGGCCGGGGCAGAUUAGGGAGGGAAAAGCAGAGAGGUUCGGGAAUUGGCUCAAAAUUGUUUGCAAAUAUGCGGGUUUGACCUGUGAGGGCUGCACUGGUUUAAGACUUCAGGCAGCUGCUUUUGAAAGCGAGCGGGCAAUCAUUAUAUUUACACCCAUGGUAUUAAAAUACCAUCUGGAGGGGUUUGGAGUCUAGAAAAUUUCAUGGUUUUUGUAGAUUGCAGAUGUAUUUGGGAAAACAAAGAUCAAACACCAUCUUUGGUUUCUCUUAGGAAGAUUAGCAGACUCCGACUCUGUGUGUUUACAGUCCUCUUUGGGUGCUGAUGCUUCCUUCAUUUCAGAAGAAGAAAACAUGAAAAUGCUCAGUUUGGGGAUCUCAUGUUUUCCUAGUUGUUGUUCACCAAUUUAUUAAUCUUUAUUUAUGUAGUGCCAAUCUCAAGACACUUUUCAAAAGAGCCGGUCUAGACAAUACUCUUCAUUAAAUACAAAUUACAAAGACACGACAGGACUAUGAGGAGGGAGAUGCAGAAAGAGAGAGAAAGAUAAAGACAGACAUCAACAGAUGGACGGUUACAGUGCUAGAUAUAAUGUAACAAUAAUGUGCAUGUUAACAUACAUCUCAGUUUGAUUUAGCAAAUUAAAGUCAACAGAUCUAUAGUGGUAUUAUGGCAGCAAAAGCAUUUGUAGUUAUGAAGUGGAGGUAGAUAAUAGGGAUUCAAAUCAGAACAAUUGGAGCAGACAGAGACAAAAGGACUACAGUUAACAUUAGCUUUGUAUUAUUGAUAGAAAUAGAGAGACUGAUGUGAAAAACAACAACAUUAGCUUCAUAACAGUGGUAAAAAUGUACAUUAGUUCUAGUUGAAGCAGCUGGAAAGCACCCACUGAGCUAGUGGCUGGUAGGUGUCUAGUUUUUUUUUUAAGACCUAACUUCAACCGUCUAGAUUCUGUAUAUUUUUAGAUGGAAUUUAGACAUUGCCCUUUAACACAUUAUUUGCUAACUAUUUAUUUCAAGAAGAAACUGUGAGUUGCAUAACUGAUCUUUGAGUACUGAACCAAAAUAAUUAUGAUAGCCGUUGAGCAAUAUACAGUUGGCCAGCUGGUCUAAACUUGUUCUAAAUUUAGAAGUUAAAAAACUUUAAUUUUUAGACUUGUGGUAGCCUGAUUUCAGACCAGUCAUCUAGGCUACAUUUAGAUAUCUAUUAGACCUCUUUUAGAUCAAAAGAUGCUCAGUGGGUAGGCCUGUAGCAGCAGGAACCGCGCUAGAAAAAUUAAGUAAAAAAGUGCAGUUUCUACAAUAUGAUUCAAUAUCAACUGGUGUACUUUGUUAGCUUACUGGCUAGCUAGCUAGCUAGCUACCUUACAGUGUUAAACCAUGUCACUGGGCAAGUUUCUUACUGGCCAUACACUCAAACAUUUGGAGACAAUAUAUGAUGCUAACUUAGCCUAGCUUAGCUUAGAGACUGGGGCAACCAAUAAUAAUAGUAUCUUUAUUUGCGUAGCGUUUUAGAAACAGGGGUUCAUACAUAAGCACAGAUCACAGAGAUCCAACGGAAAAGAGCCCAACAACAAUUUAACUAAAGAAGAAGCAAACACCAGAUAAUCCCAAACAGAAUGAUGAACCGAAACAUCAUAUGAAACCAAAGUGACCCUUAAGAGUCUGUCAAAGCUCAUAAGAACCCAGGAAACACAAGAACCUUACACCACAAAGUGAGACCUCCAGAACAAAGGCGAGGCUAGCUUGGCUUUGUUUAAGAGAAACACAAUCUGCUCUACAGUUUCACCAAUAAACAACUCCUAUUGAUUUAUGUUUUAUCCAUUCAAAGAAACAAAAUGAUGGAACAUCUUGUACACAUGCUGUCACUUCUGGGAGAUUUGUUGCUAUGGUGAGGUUGCUAGGCAAACUGCUAAGCUAAGCUAUUGUUUUCAGCUUCAUAUUUAGUGUACAGAUGACAGACUUCUUCCCGCUUGUUUGUGUAUCUGUUGGAGAGAAUGACCAAGAAAAUAUGAUCCAGUGACCAUCUGAUGUAUUAAACCUUUAUUUCGACUUCAUUAUUUAACUUUUGAAAAUCCGGUGUCGUACCGUUAAAAGGUCUUACUCGCCGUGCUUCGAAUCAGUUCUCUUUUAUCACACUGUCAUGUUUACCAUUAAGCCUGCACGACCUUCAGAGGGUAUUACAUGACACAAAUAGAAAGAAAAACACACAAUUGUGCUGUCCAUUGAGCGGAUAUCAACACGGGUAAUAGCCCUCCUCUAUAUGCAGAGGUAUCCACCACUGAGAGUACAUGUGAGAUAAUCAAAACGCUAUUAUUCGAUGUGUUUUCGCUCUGUUAUUAUAGGCUACAGGACCAUAACAUUGACGGCGUAAUGCAUCCAGUUGUUUUUGUCAUCUUUUUGACCUUCACAGUGGUGCUACGGGUUCUACGUGACACACCAGCAGGGGCACACGGGCUUCGAGCUCUUCUUCAAAACCAGAGAGCUGAAGAAGAAGUGGCUGGAUCAGUUCGAAAUGGCCAUGUGAGUACAGACACAGAUGAACGCCGUGCUCUUCGUGAUCGAUGCUGAAGACCCGCGUGCGUGUGCGUGUGUGUCAUUGAACAAAACAAACUGUAUACUUGAAUUAGCACGCGCGUGUUUGUGUGUCUCCAUCAGUGUGUGGUGUUUAUUUGCCCAUUGUUUGCAUGCAUGUUAUUCCAAGGCCGAGUGAGGUGUUGACUCUUUCAUGAGCCCUGUUUGAUCAGGCCUUUGCUGUAAUCAGGCGCAUGCUGCUGACAACGGUAUGAUAACGCACACACGCACACUCUCAUACAAACAGAAAUACACACCCACACAAACAUUAACUGUGCCAAAGAGCUGCAGAACUACAAAGAAGCCUCUCUGCCUGUUUUUCUUCAAAUCAGUGCUUUAUGGAGGUAUAUCUUUUGUAUUAUUUUGUAACAGUGGGAGGUUUCCUCAGCCAGGUAUCCCGUCUGCAUCCUUUGUUAUGCUGAUUUGAGGGAGUACAGUGUUGUUUUGACAUUACUCUCUGAUUGACUGAGCAAAUGCUUUUUUUGUCUUUGUGUAUGAAACACCCCUGAUUCGCAUGCAGACUACCUGAUAUGGUCCUCCUGAAUACAUCAUCUUCUCCUCUCUUUCUUCUGCUGGAUCACAAAGCAGCAAAACAACACACACAAUCUUGACAUGUAGAUUAAACAAUUCGCCAUUGAGUCGUUCCUCUAUUCCUAAAGUAUGAGUUAAUAAACCUCCAUGACAGCCGGGCCCUUGACGCCCAUUCAGAACCUCAUGUGUAAUUUCCAAAAUUCAAAGAAGAAACAGCCAUUCCUCACACCCUUCUUGAAAGUGUUUUUCUUCCUCCACACAGGUAAAAGGUUUAUGUCUGAAAACAGCUCUGUGUGCCUCUGUGCAUUGGGUAAUGACACCAGAAGGGGCCCAUUCAGAAUGUGAAAAUUGCACCUGUAAAGAGGAUGUGGGCUCCUGAUGAAGGACUCACUUAUGGGAGCACUCAGUCUAAGAGGCUUGCGGAUGGUGUGUUCAAUACAAAAAGGCGUUUUCCUGUCACGCUUUGUUUGUUCACGUUUUUGGAAAGGCUGCUGAUUUUGCUGCUAUGCAUGUUUUUCCCCUCUUAUUUUUGAUCACACGCAGCUCCGAUUGGAUUUGUCAGGGCAGAUUCAAGUCCUCUUCAUUUUUUUUUAAUGUUUUACGAGAGCGCACUUGAGAAAAUUUCCCUUCAUUUCAGUCAGGUAAACAAAUUAAAAGCAGGUUGUUUUGGCUGCGACAAAGUUGUUUUCCUCUGUUGAUAAAGGAAUUAAAAAAUGUUUCAGAGGUUGACUUGAACCCUCUGCAGAGGUAAUCACAAACAACAGUAUCAGAUCAGUUGCUGUGUGAUUGUCAGAGGUGGGCGCAGUGAGUUAAAGUUUAACCCCAUUGAACUAAUGCAUGCCCGUCUCUGCAAAUUUGUACUCCUCUGUGGAUGAACCCUGCAACUCUGGCAGUUCCCUGAGUUUAACUGUUGCGCUGCCAACAGGUACAAAAGCUUCUCUUUCCCUCUUAUCAUAAAAGAUAUCUUAAAGGGAUAUUCCGGCGUAAAAUUAAGUUAGGGUCAAACACACUGUAACACCAAGUUAGACACCCUGUCGAGAGAUGAAUGUUCCCGACCGCUUGCUUCUCUAGUUAUACCAACUUAAGUAACGACCGCACAAUAGCAAUACAGAGAGCUGCGCGCUCAACCAACACGCCACUCUAUAGCCACAAAUAAUGCUCAGAACAGCACCUAACUUCAUCAACAGUACAUAUAGGGUCCCAGCCAUAGUACUAGCCACCAAACAUCUUUUUAACUUUGCCUGAUUUCUUUAGCAAAGAGACAAAACACAGCUCACCUACUCUCUUCCAGCAGCCGCUUGUUUGUAGCGAGACCUCAUGUGCUAGUCCAUUAUGGACUACAGUGGGGUGACGCAGCCUAAGGUAGAACAUUUAUGAUCAUUUCUUCAUGGAAAUUCAAUCAGACCGAGACGCUAAGGCAGAAGAACUACCGCGUCUGCAGUGCAAAAUUAUUAAUAUGAUGAUUAUUACUUCAUGGAAAUAAUAAAGUGAUGAUCAUAAAUGUUCUUCCUUGAGCUGCGUCACCCCGUCUCAGUCGGUAAAGGACUUUCCUGAGGUCUCUGUACAAACAAGCGGCUGCUGGAAGAGAGUGGGUGAGUUGUGUUUAGUCUCUUUUGCUAAAGAAAUUAAUGGCUGGGACCCUAUAUGUACUGUUGAUGAAGUUAGGUGCUGUUCUGAGCAUUAUUUGUGGUUAUAGAGUGGCCUUUUGGUUGAAUGCGUGGCUCUGUGUAUUGCUAUCGUGCGGUCAUUACAAAAGUUGGUAAAACUACAAAAGCAAGCGGUCGGCAACAUUCAUCUAUCGACUGGGUGUCUAACUUGGCGUUACAGUGUGUUUGACCCUAACUUAAUUUUACACUGGAAUAUUCCUUGAACAUGUACCUACUGAAAAAGCAAAAACCUCGUAAAGACAUUUAUGGUUGCAAGAAGAUAAAUCUUUGCAGCUUGCAUGGUUGCUGCAGUGUCCUCUGAAGUUCUUGUUUGGAAGUUUCUUAAAUAGUUUGCAGAUAAACUUCUUUACACAACUUCAAGAGUCCCCCAGUUUGAUGCCAGUCAUGAUUUGGUCUCAAAACUUGGUCGGUUGAGUGUUUGACGGCAAUCAUAAGUCUGCUAACAAGCUGAUACUAACAUAGCAGCAACUUCUGGUCUUGAGAAAUGAAGCAGACAUAGGAGUGAUAAAAACUGCAGUUCCCUGACAUGAGAUACUCCUAUAUAUAUAUUUUCCAAGUUGCACAAACAUGAUUGAUCCGUCUUGUGAUGUUUUUGUUCCUCAGAUCAAAUAUCCGACCAGAGAAAGCCAACCACAACUCCCACCAGUUCAAGAUGCACACCUUUGAGAGGAUCACUUCCUGUAGCUUCUGUCACCUCCUCCUCAGGUAAAAUUCAGGCGCCAUGAGCCGACUCUUUCAUUUUGAGCCGCUAUGUAGAUCUAAGAGGACCCCAUGGAGUGAAAGGGUUCUUAAGUGGGGGUCCGUCUCAUGCCUCAGACAAAAUGAACAUAAACUGUCUCUUCUCACAUUUUUCUUAGAAGGAAUAUCAUUAUAUGAAACCAUGAUUGUGGUUUUCUGUUCUUAAGAAAAUACACUCUUAGUAUCUUUUAUAUUUGAGGUAUGGCAGAGACACUGAUGUUUUUACAUUUAGGUUUUCAGUCGCCGUUGCUCAGCCACAAAAGGCAGAUUUUUGACUGAAGUACAAUUGCCUUCCUAAUUAGACUGUUUAAAUGUAAUAAAUAAGGACCUCAAACUGGUAGCCGUCUCAGUUUUCAGCAGACAGUAUCAUUUUUAUGCGUAUGAAAAACUGAAGGUUAUUUCUCUUGUCAUUUUUUCUUAUCUUGAGACUUGGACGAAAGCCUGGAAAUUCAAAAUGUCAAGCUAUUUCUCUAAAGGAGGUUGUUACAGAUGCAAUACAUCCUGUGGUUUAUUGUGUCCAGGGGCAUCUUUAACCAGGGUUAUCUCUGUCUAAAAUGCGGGCUGGGGGCUCAUAAGGAGUGUCUGGGUCGACUGGGACUCUGCGGGAGAACAGGUGAGAUGGAGGCUUUCCACUUCUUUUUCCUGCAACAUGAAAUCUUAAGAAAGGAAGAUUAAUUUUUUAUGAUAUUUGUGUGUAUAUUUACAGCCCUCAGGGAGUAUCUGUACAUUUUUUUAUGACCUUUCCUCUAGCGUCACCAUCAGGGCACAAUUAUCCACAAAAUAUCAAAAUCUAAAAGGCAGAUUGCCGUGAAAUUUACUGAGCACAUUCACUUCUCCCAAGAGAAAGAGGUCUUCACAUUUCAGACACCAGAGGAGCUCCUACAUUUGGGCCGGACUGUCAUCUUUGUAUAUAAGAUCUCGAACAGCUGGUACCACAGUACCACAUAACAUGAUAUAAAUAUUUAUGUUUCCAGAAGAAUUAUUCUGUCUGGAUGAGGUAACCCCAUGACCUACUGUCAGGGUGAAACUCCAGCUGGCACAUACAUUUAUUUUUCCCUCAAAAAAACUUUUCUGUUAAAUUAAAUAACAGCAAUUUUUGUACUUUUAAAGGGUUUAAUGAAACAGAAAGUAAUUAACGUACUCAACAGUUGUUGUAUCCUCCUAUUAGGUCAGGCUUCAGCUCUUUGUCACCAGUGUAGGGGCUGCAGCUCAGGUACAUUACCCCCCCGAAUACACGGACAGCUCAGGUCUUUGACAAGCCUCCUCAGCAGAUGCGCGGCGGUCUUUAAGCAUUCUGAGGCGUGAUGAGGGCCAGCAGAGGUUGACAGCUGAGGUUGUAUGUCAGAAAGCCACCACACGCUCAUAUCGUAUUCCUCUCACUGUGUCUGUCUCUCACCUGACUGCAGAUCCUGCCAAGUCCAAGUCUAAGGUAAGACCUGAACUGUUUCCUCUCUUUAACUCAAACACCGGAAUAACACUGCGCACUUAAACUCUCUCAGCUAUAAACAACGAGUUUCUUUUCCAAAUCAGAAGGUUUGACAAAAACAGGUACAGCAGGUGAACUGGACAAAUCACCUUAAACUUUGUGCACCAUGAUAAAGUAGUCUGUGCAAAUUCUUGUAGACACAAUAAUAGCCUGAUCUUUCAGCCCUGAAAAUCGGGCGUGAUGGACAAUGACCAAGACCAUGUCUAGGACGCCUCUUGACCUCCAGACAGGAAGUUUGGCAUGUUUGAUUGUUCUGCGUGUAUUCUACAAAUGUGCAGGAGCCACAAGAAUAAACAAAUAAAUAAAGAAGCAAAAGAAGAAUGAUGAAGUUGGCGCUGCAACAUCCUAGCCUUUAGGAUUUGUUGAUGAGUGACAACAGACCAAGUAUAGACAAAUGUAGAUGAGAAACAGAAGAUCCACCUUGGCAACUGCUGCUGUUAGCAUUUUCCGGUAGCUAUCUCGCUCAGCUCCUCUUCCUUCCAACAUCAUUCAGCACAUUCAUAUGUAUUUUUACUGAAACUGGACUGUUAAAACGCAUGUAAACACGUCUCUUGUGGUCAGACCUACAUAUCUGGAUAACGUAGUUGGAGGUUGAUUUUCUGUUGCGGCUGAAACUAGCUUAAGUGUUCUGAGCACGCCCAGUUUUGGUACCCCAGGCUUGGAAUAGCAGGGAUGCAUUGUUAGGAAGCAGAUAGUUGUCAAAAUCUUAACAGACGAAGAGAGACAGUAAAAAAGAUGAAACAAACAGAACUGUAAAAGCGAGGUCCUGUUAGCCUCUUGCUAACGAAUUGUGCCAGCUGUUUUGAUAGAUAACAAGUCAACAGAGAGACAACUUCAUAAUAACAAGCUGACGGGGGAUGAGAUACCUAUCGUGCUCGUCGAUAAUUUGAUUCUUGCAGAGUGCAUGUAAACUAGGACAAGGACAGUGGUCCAAUUAAAUCAAGUCUUGACUUAACAGUGCAUGAAAACAUACUUGUUUAAGAUAUAUUGAGAUUUAAAGAAAAAAGGUCCAAUGUGUUGCAGAAAUCACAAUAAAUUUAAAUUUCAUUGAUUUCCUUGAUGCUAUUUCCUGAUAACUAAUCUCAAAUGGCAUCAAAAACCUACCUGGUGGUUUGAGGAUGAGUUACAGAUUAAGUGUACAUGAAGUUUUCUUCUGUUUAGUUAGUUUUCCAAGAAACAGGCAUCGGUACAAAUGUUCUCUAUUAAAAUGUUUGGACAAUCAGUCCAAAGAGAGUACGAGGCUCACAGAUAAUUGAAUUAAGAGUAUGACUCACUUAUAAGGUCAGACCAAACCUGCACCAGGAGUUGUAUGAUUUGCUGUAAUUCCUUUUUAUUUCGUGGUUUUCUGUCUUUUUCUCUGUCUUAUUUACUUUCUCUCUCCAUCCAUAGGAAAGUACACCACCAGCAAACUCAGGUCAGUAUGGCUUGACCACUCGUCCACUUCUGUGAACCUGCUAAGGGCUUUACGUGGUCCCUCUUAAGCUGCUUUCAUCCUGGUUCAGUAACAAAACAGAAACACAGAGAGGAUGAAAAGGAUACUGUUAGUCAGAGGCCGGAGAGAAACCUGGAGGAGACAGAUGCUAGUUUAAAGCAAACCUUUAGAUGUUAUUGUAGAUGUCCCACUCACUCUUUUUUUGAUCAAAUAUUGCUCAACUCUUUCUUUUCUCCCCCUCAAAAUACCCUUGAACACGUUUUCUUCGAAAAGCACAGAUGGAAAACUCCUGCUCACACACGCACACAGGCUUAAAAAAGAGGAAAUGAGCAACAAAAGUUUCCUCUUAAGAAGUAAAUUUGAGUAUGAAUAACCGAGGAAUAAUAGGAUGCAGAAGGAAUCCUUAAAUGAAGUAUAAAAAGCCCUUUUUUAGCCGCAUGCCGCGAUACCGAGACCCAAGACGGCAUUGAGAUGAAUUGGAGUGGGUGGAAUCAUUAUAAGGGCCGCGGCAGGAGAAAUAUUCUUCUGGCAGAAAAGCACUUCCAGCAGUCUAUAUGCCUCGGCUUCAACCGCUGAGCUUUGCCUUUGUGAUAAAUCAAUUUCCAUAAAGGGCUUAUGAGAAAGACAUCCGUGCUUAUUGUUCUUAUUAAAAACAUGGAUGUGAGAUAUUCCAUUCAUCUAAGGUCACCGUCAGCUAAUAGCGUCCUCCGGGCUGGUUUUGCGGGGGAGACAUGGCUGGAGGGGGAGAAGUGUCUGAGGGGGCUGAAUGUGUGAGUCUGAAGAGAGUAAGUGGCUGUGUCUCUUAAGUUGGCAGGGGUGUUUAGUCUUAGCUUUAGCCCAGUGCUUGUGGCUGUAUUUGUCUGGCACGCUGUGGAAAGAUUGGAGCUGCUCCGUACAGGAAUGAAAGAGAUGAAUUUCCUGCAAGAGUCAGUCGUUGUUUUUUUCAGAUGGAACGUUUCAGGUGAUUUAGACCUCAGUUAUAAAGAGUGUCAGCUUGUGUUAAAACCCUCAGGACAAUGAUGGUAACAGAGUUUGCUUCAUAUAUAUCGUACGUUCUAGAAAUAUAUACAAAGAUGAACUUGUUUUCGUAAUGUGUUUAAAUAAACACCCUGUGAGCUGUUCUGGAUGCAGUUUUUGGACAGAUACAGCAGUAAUGUUAAAGACAAACUUCCUCCAAUAUGACAAUAAGGUGUAAUAUUUGUGUUGCAUCAUAGCUACUGAAUCAUGACAAAUCAUAUGUAGUAUUGCAUCAUGUCAUAUAGUACAGUGUUUGAUCAUACCAUAUAAUUUUAUGAUGUAUUGCCCCAUAUUGUAUAAUAUUGUAUCAUAUCAUAUCUGAUUGUAUCAUAUCAUACAUCGUAUUGUAUCAUAUCAAAUAUAUUGUGUUUUGUCUCGUAUCAUAUAUCAUAUCAUAUGUCAUAUUGUAUCGUAUCAUAUAUCGUAUUGUAUCAUAUCAUUUAUCGUAUUGUAUCGUGUCAUGUCGAAUCAUUUCGUAUCGCAAUUCAUAUCAUGUCAUAUCUUAUUGUGUCCUAUCAUGUCACAUCAUAUUAUAUGGUACCGUAUUGUAUUGAAUUUCAUUAUAUCCUAUUGCGUCAUUUCACAUCGUAUAAUUUCGACAUACUGUAUCGAGCCAGAUCAUAUUGUAUUGUAUCGUAUGUUAUUUUAUGGUAUUGUAUCAUACCUUACCUCAUGACAUCAUUUAAUUUCACAUUCUAACGUUUGAUAUCAUGAUAUAUCCUUUCAUAUCAUAUAUGGCCAAAUCACAUUAUGCUGCAUCGUAUCGUACUGUAUUGUAUUAUAUUACACCAUAUCGUAUCGUGCGGUGUGGUUUCAUAUCGUAUCAUAUCUUUCCGCAUAAUAUUGUGUAAUUUUGUAUAGUAACAUUUGGUAUCGUGACAUAUCCUGUCAUCUCAUAUCGUGUCAUGUCACACUGAUGGUACUCCAUUGCAUUGUAUUUGCAUUGAUUGUAUCGUAUCAUAUCUUACCAUAUAAGUUUGGUUUGUAUCGUAUUGUAUCGCAUCAUAUCGUAUCGCAUUUUAUCGUAUUGUAUCGUGUCUAUUAUAUCUAGCCAUAUUGUUUUGUGUUAAAUCAUAAUGUAUCUUUUCUUAAGAACUAAUUGAAUAAUGAAUAAUAUGAACCGUUUUUUCCUUUCUUUUUUUACUAUAAAAAUGACACAAGCUCGGAGUUGUGUUGGUGUAUUUACUUCUUGUUUAUUACUCUGCAUCACCACCAUUUAAGUUCCUGUAUGUUUUAGAUUGAUCAAAUAUAUUUAAAUGCCUAAAUACCCAAUUCUUAAAAUUGGACCUGAAAUCAAAAGCUAGAUGACACUCAUUUUUUACUUAAUCUUAUCAGACUACCUAUUUCAGGUUAUACAUGGGUGGAGUAUGUUGAUCUGUUCCUUAUAAGUGAUGAUAAAAAAAACUAGUAAUGUUACUCAGACAGUGCAGUGUGUUCAUUUGUCUUUAGCUUUCUAAUAAAUCCCUUUAAAUGUGAGUAAACUUAUAUUUGCUUUCCUUGUCUGUUAGGUUUACCGAGGAUGGUUGUAAUCAGAGACUACAGCGGCAUCCCCUGUCCCCACUGUGGGCCCCCACUAAGCAUUCAUGCGGGGGAUGUCAUUGAACUGAUGUUUGCCGACCUGCACAGCUCCUGGUGGCAGGUGCGUGUCACUCAACUCAUCCUUGUUUUAUCUCGACAUCUGUGACUCUGAAAAAAAAAAAAACAUGUUACAGCUCACCGGGCUGGCUUGGUGCACGCAAUGUCUUUGCAGUGUCAUCGGUCUGAAUUCUUGCUGCAUGUCAUCUCUUCCCUCUGCCCCACUACCUGACAGAGGGAAAAAGGUGUAAAUGGGCUGAAAUCAACACAUAAUUUAUUGGCCAUUAUUGUUUCUAACUCCCAUCCAGAAAUGGUGGUUGUUUAUCACAUUUUGUGUGCUGUCAGGAGAGUACAUAAAUAUGACAUAAUGAUGAGGUCAGUGUUAAUUUGAAGUAUCAAAAAACGAUGAACUCCGCUGAUCCCCAGAUACAUUACGAACAGGGAUAUCCGUCCGUUUCUCACUCCUCAGAUUGAAUCACAGCCCACAUCAGAUGAUCUAACCAAUUAGUGGCUGCGGCUGAUUAAUAGAGUGCCACAGUGAGACGAUAAAACAGCAGACACUUCAGCCUCUGGAGGACGUUUUAAUGCUCGGUGCACAACCUCGUGUACAGGCACAUUUAGCAACCAUCUCACGAGGUGGGCCAUCGGUUGACAGAGUUUGACCUUAUCUAUUUUUGAAAGGGUGGCGAUUUAUCUGGGGUCUUCCGGCAGCCUCCCUAGCUGUUUCUCACUCUGCUUUACGGCGGCAUUAAAGCCUCAUCCUCCUUCUGGUGCCGCUCCAAUCAGACUGCAGUCUUUGCCAACGGCACGGCUGGGAGUUGGCCGUUAGCCCGUUUUCCUAUACGCCGUGUUUCUCUCUGUUGUGACAGAGCACAAGGUGGAGGGUGAGAGCAGGAGAGCCAAGAGAUUUCUUGUAAGCCGGUCGAACGGUGAGCAGAAUGUCAUGCCACAGACCUGAUGGCUCUGCAUUGUUUGCUGCCAUGGCAACCUUGCAUGCUGGGGGGUUAAUUGAAUUAAUUAAAUGAUAAUGCACAGUUGUGUGUAUGCCUGUCCUGUGCAUGAUAAUUCUGCCAUAGGGCGGUUUAAAACACCCUGUUUUGAAGCUAUUGCUGUUUUAAUACAGUUAGUGCUGUUUGUAUUCAUACACAUAUGAUAACGUGCGUGUAUGUGUAUAUGCUGCACUUAAUGCAAUAUUAAAUGGAUAUUUCUGAGGUGCCUCAACAGUGAAAGUACUGAAGUAGAAAAGAGGAAAAUGAUAAACAGACAGAUUUAUUUCGACUAAUUGGUAUUGCAAUGUGAAACAAUAAAGAAACCUUCUUAUAUCCUUAUAGGCUACUAUUGUGCUCAUUACAUAAGAAAAAUGUGAUCAUUAAGAAAACUUUAAGACCCAAGAAUACAAAAAAGAUCACCCAAGAUAUUGACAUGGCAGUAUCUUUUUAAAAUAGUCGGUCUGGGAGGAUCAGGGUUUAGAAGACCCAGAGGAGAUUAGUCAUAGAUAUCUUUGCAGUUCAAAUAGCAGGAGAAUGAGGUUAUAUUGAUGUUUCCAAUGCCGUUUGAAUAGUAAAAAUAAAUUCAGCCACUCUGGAGAUAUCAAUGUUUAAACUGAAGAAAACUGUCUCGCCUACAAAUUUGAUGGAGUAGAUCUCAAGGAAUAUUGCAUCAGGAGGUUGAGAGCAGAUGGCGGGUGAUUUCACCAUAUUGAUCCAGAGAAACAUACAUUGAUCAUUUGACCUGGGGAAAAAACAUUACUGAGAACAUAAAACCUUAAGUCUACUUAAUGUGUCGAAAUGAGAGACUGAUGAGCCGGGGAGCGAAGGCCAGGGAGGACAGGCUCCAAAUUUAAGCUAAGUGUUUCUGCCUUUAAUGUUCGCCUAUUUUCUUAUGUUUUCCCUCUUUAUUCCAGUUUUCCUCCUGUAGUUAUUGGGACCUAAAACUGUUGUUUCUCCACAGUCUAUAGUAGAAAAAAAACCCAGAUGGAUAGAUAUGGCUUUAGUCCAAGUCUGAAAUCUGGCAUCACUGCAGCUCCAUUUACUACAUACAAGAUGAGAUAUAUAAACAAACAACAUUUUGAACACCAGAUGCUUUCACCUUAAUUUUGAUCCAGGAUUCAGCCCAUUAGAAUUGACUGGUGCACAAAAAGUGCUCCAGUUAGACCCCUUUGAAACAUGGGACCCUGUAUCUCAGCUUUGAUAGUCUUAGUUCAUAUUCACUGUUCUCAGAAAAUAGCAUAUAAGAGGCACAUAUUUAACUUUGAAAACUCCCCAGCCAUCUUCCCACUGAGCAUUUUUUGGUCUAAAAGAGGUCUAAUAGACGCCUAAAUGUAGCCUAGACGACAGGUCUAAAAAUGAAAGUUUUUUGACGUCUAAAUUUAGACCAAGUUUAGACUAGCCAGCUAACAGAGGUCUACACUGUUUAUUGCUCAACGGCUAUCGUAAUUACUUUGCUUAAGUACUUGGAGAUCAGUCAUGCAGCUCACAGUUGCUUUUUGAAAUAAAAAGUAAUCUAAUAAUGGGUUAAAGUGCAAUGUCUAAAUUCUGUCUAAAAAUGUACAAAAUCUAGACAGUUGAAAUUAGGUCUAAAAAAAAACUAGACGUCUAAUAGCCGUCUGUUGCUGAGUGGGUUGUUAAUCUUUUAACAUCCCACUGAGCAUUUUUUUGGUCUAAAAGAGGUCUAAUAGAUGUCUAAAUGUAGCCUAGAAAACUGGUCUAAAAUCAGGCUACCACAGGUCUAAAAAUGAAAUAAUUUUAGACGUCUAAAUUUGGACCAAAUUUAGACCAAGUCUAAAUCUGGACUUAUCUAUACUACACUGUAUAUUGCUCAAUGGCUAUCACAAUUAUUUUGGUUAAGUGCUUGGAGAUCAGUUAUGCAGCUCACAGUUGCUUUUUGAAAUAAAUAGUUAUGGAAUAAUGGGUUAAAGUGCAAAGUCUAAAUUCUGUCUAAAAAUAAACAGAAUCUAGACGGUUGAAAUUAGGUCUAAAAAAAACUAGACGCUUAAUAGUCGUCUAUUACUCACUGGGGUCUACUGUAUGUGUAUUUUCAUACGUUGACCCUUUUCUCUUUCUUCUGCUUGGUAUUUUCCAUCAAGUUUUUAAGGUCUAAGAGCCACACACAGUGCUUUUGGUGAGAAACAGUGGAUCCAAACAAAACCCAGUUUGUUUACAAUGAAAUCUCCACAGGGUACCUUUAAUCUUCAGCGUCCCCAGUGGCGCCAGAGGAUGGAAUUACAGAACAUUGAGAAUUCAUAUCCCCUGUUACCCAGGAGGCAAUUAUCCCCUAUCCCAGUGGCAGAACAAUACAAUCAAUCACUGUAAUUUCAUUUGAUCCUUUGGCUGCUGCCUGUUUAUGCCAACAGAGUAAUAAGUUUAAUCUUUAUCGUACGCUUAUCCAAGGCAUAACAAAUAGAGAGGGGCUCUCAAAAAACCUUUGAUGAAAUGUUAUUACACAGAAUGAAUCAUAGAGAUGGGUAAAGAUUCGCUUUCCAAUCUAGUUACUGCCAGGGCUUGCACGGUCCCAAAAAGCAUUUUAUCCUCUAAUAGAGAGGAGUGAGGAGGAACGCAUAAACAGAGCAGGAAGCUGAAUGAAGAGCUCCAUGUGUGCUCGGCGCUCACUGUCUUUUGAUUGACUCGGUGGACUUCAAAUUGACCUGAAACUCGGCUCACUUGGAAACCCGAAUUAUGCCGAGUUUAAAGUCGAUGUAGGUGCUUUUUACUGUCUGAAAGAUGUAAGAGUAUUAAGAUUAUAAAACAAACUGAAGAGCAAGUCUGUGUUAAAACUAAACGGGUAAUUUGUUUAACCAAUUUGCGUCAAAAAAAAAAAAAAAAAAAUCUGUCUACAUUGUGUUUGUCGACGGAAUUAAUGAUUUUCAUAUGAAGCUCGUGUUUGCUUGAGGCGGGAUAGCUAAAACGCAAUUGUUAGUCUUUAGUACAAGGCAGAAAGCUCCCACUGUUUGGUUAUUCAAAGACCGGCAUAAGAUCCAUUAUUUAGUGUUAAACGAGGCUCUUGUUUUGAUGCAGCACAAAUCUAACUGCCGGCUGAGUUUGAACCAUAAUUAACUUGGGCUGCAAAUUAGAUGCGCUGCUUGUUGUGUGCUAAUUGCUGAGGAUUUAUUGAAGUGAGUGUGGGAGGGGAAGAGAGAAGAGAGAGAGAGAGAAAGAGAGAGAGAGAGAGAGAGAGAGAGGUGUGGUUGCUUCCAGACGAAUAUAAUGCGAUUAACACCCAAUUGCCAUUGCAGGGCAAAAUUCUGGCAACAAGCAAGAUUGGCUUCUUUCCAAGUGAUGCUGUGAGGCCUUGCCCGUGUGUAAGUGUGCAUCUUUUUCAUAAUCAAUAAGGCGCAUUUAGUGUAAUAACAAUGCAUUCAGCAGAUAAUGGCUCCUAUUGAUGUCUCAGCGAAGGAAUGCAGUGCUAUUCAAUUGAACUUUUUUCGCUGCAGAAGACUGAUUUUAGCCAUUAGAUGUGGCUUAAAUAUCACAUUACCACAAAUGACCUCCACCUCCCUGUAUCGACUCCAUUAAGACGCAAAAUAACCACUUUUCUUUUCCACGCCAGGUUCCAAAACCUGCCGAUUACUCCGCCCAGCCCUGGUAAGCGAUGAAAACAAAUGGCUGCAGAUUGAGAACAAUAACCCACGAGUCAUUCUUACUCUGCUUUAUUGGCGGUGUUGACUGUUCUCAUCCUCAUGUUCAGAAUGAUUGAUUGCAGUGUAAGUGCAGUAGUUGUUCACGCGUGGUUCAGGUUUGCAGGGCCGAUGGAGAGAUACCAGGCGGAGGAGGAGCUCCUGGACCGAGGAAACAGCACUUAUCUGGUGCGACACAGGAGUAAAGAGUGCACCGAAUACGCCAUCAGUAUAAAGUAAGUGACAUGAACGCUGGUUUCCCACACUCUAUCUCUUUGUAUCUCUUCACACAACCAAAAACAGAGAAAUAAAACAACAACAAAACCUCCAUCAUGCAAUCGGGAGCAGUUUUGUUGUCAAAAAACUCCUUAUAGCGAGUUUGAGAGGGUAAAAGAAAUCUCCCAAUCUCCCCUGAACACUAUUGCUCCUGUCUGCACAGAGUGGUAUGGUAUGGCUCCAAAUUUCCCCGCAGGUCAAAACACAAAGACUGUGAAAAAAUACCAUGACAUUCACUAGACAUGAAGACAAUUCAAAGGCCAAAACACAUUUAAGAAAACACCAAAUAUGACAAAAACACUACAAGAUUUCAAAAAAGUGAGGUGAGCGUUUGACGCCUAAAGUUUGCAGCUUGUAUAGUUUAGUAAACAGGGUGGCUUUAGUACAAAGUGUCAGUGCAUUUGUGUGAAUUCGAGGCAUUUAAGCUUCAGUUUAACGAAUAUAACUCUUGAAUAAUACAAAAAAUUCAAGUGCAUGCAUGGUUAAUCUUUUUGCAUUGCACCCCCUGCAGUCAUUAACUUAAAGUGUGUUUUACAGGUGCCUUUUAUUUCACUAAUAUUAUACCAAGACUGUUUUAUACCAAGAAUUUUAUAGAGGGCUGCCACAAGUUUUACAAGCCACCAGAUGUCACCAUGUUUGCCAAGUUUAGAGUUUAACAUAAUCAAAUCUUUUCCAGCACAAAUUGCAAGAAAGCUACAUCAUUUGUGAAACCACCUCUAAAAGAAAAACACUUCCACCGGAAAACACGACACUAACAAUACAAAACAACUGUACGUUUUUUUAAUGUAAUGUACCAAAGGGUCAAGGUAGGAUGGGAUGACAGAGGUCAAAGAUGUCUGAACUGUCAGAGGCGGGGCCACUCUUUUAACACACAUCUGGCUCUUCACUCAUGCUUGUUUCUGAGUUGAGAGGGUCUUGACAACUGAGACAAGUGGGAAUGAAGGGGUCAGGCAGGCACAUGUAUGUUUGCACACAGGUCGUGUCAGAGGUUAAGUGGUUUUAAUGGAUGACGCUGUGGCCCCACCCCCCUACCUGACUCAGACGUCCAUGCUCUGACAUACUAUCACUGUAAUGUUGACACUACAAAUCAGAUUAUUAUCAUAUUUUUCUGUUAAUUUAGUUUUCUUCUGGUUUUAUUUGAGUGCAUUUUGUGAUAUUCCCUAGUGUUUCUGUCCCCGAUUGUUCCUGUUCUACUACUAUUUUGUAGGAGUUGAUUCCUUGUGUUUCUAGUCUGGUUUUACUUUCUUAGUUUUCCCUCCUUUGUUAAUCAGUUAACGAGUUUCACCUGUGUCUCGUUUGCCUCACCUGUUGCUCGUUUCCUAGUGUGUAUAUAGUCCCUGUCUGCCCGCUAUCCUGGUUGGUUUAUUGUAUGUGCAUUUGUUGGUCAGUGAGUGUCUUUUAUAGUCCCUAGUCUCCUUGUGUUUUUCCCCAGUUAGUUGUUUUUUCACUUCUUUUUAAAUAAACCCUUUUUUGUCUGCAUUUGGGUCCUUUCCCUAUUGUUUAACUCUGGCUCAUGACAACUAUUGCAUUGCAUUGAUCUACACUCUGCUUACAUUGCACACUGUCUUGUUAAUGCUUAUAGGUAUAGUAUUUUUAUAGUUUAUAGAUUGUCCACAUUAUGCUGCACCUUCCUGCUCAAGUGUACAGCUCCCCUUUGCAAAUCUAUCUCUUUAUGUAUUUAUCUGUGAAGAGAGAAAGAGUUCAGGCUGUCUUUAUAUCGUUAAUUUUACUGCCCUUUACUGCUUAAAGCUCCUGUGAGGAUUUUUUUUAAGUGUAUGAAAUUGACUGUUUUUCACAUCAGUGCCUUUUUAUGAAGUGCAAAAGCAAAGAGGACCAUCAGCAACAAGAUGAAUGAUAUUUAUUUGUGAUUUUUACUGACUGAAAUCGGUGCAAGGGGGUGGGUGUCAGCUGAGUAGCCAAGAAAGCAGCCUUGUUUUUACAGUUUCUACCUGUAAUAUUCACAAUUUUUGAUACAUUAAGUGUCAAAAGUCAGUAGGAUGAGAUUAUCUGUGAGAAGACACUCCUCUUUUUUUAGAGUACCAGAUAAGCAAGGAUUGCUUUGACCAUAGGGGGCAGCAGAUUAACACUGACUAAAAGUUGCUCAUAGAAGCUUUAAGGUCACAAUGCUGGUGUUAGAGAGCUUUUUUUUCUGUGUGUGUAUAUAUUGUAUAUUUCUAAAUUGAUCUAUUUUGUUUUUUUUUUCCUCAUUGUUUUUGCACCACAACACAAAAAACAAAUUGAAUACAAGUGUGGAGCGUACUUGGCAACAAACCCGACUGAUUCUAAAAAAGAUGAUUGGAUGCAGGAGACUGAAUUGGUUUCAGAGACGUGGCCCCGUUUCUGAACCUUUCAUCAUUUUAACUUAACAUUUCGAAAACACUUUCACAAAAAAUAUUUCUCAAAAUUUCACAGAAACAGCCUUGAGGGGUCUAAUUUUGCCCUGCUGUUAUUGCUGUUAAAGCUGUGCAGAGGCUAUAGUCCUCCAAGUGGGUAUCUCGUUCCCCUUUUCUCACAGUUUACUACUCCGUCCACAUUCCUAUCAUCUUAAUAUGGACAAGAAAGCCCCAAAAACAAACUGAAAAAAGAAUAUUUUGCACUGCACCAUUUUUUCUUGAAUUCUAACAGCAUCAUUACAACCUGCAACAUUUCACAGAGCACCUCAAUUUUUUUUUUUACCUAACAUGAUGACAUUUCACCAAAAAGAAAAUCAUUCUAAGAAAAUGCAAUUUUUUUUCGUAAUGCAUUAUUAACAUCAAACGCUUUUUAAAAACCAACAUUUCAAAAAGCACAACAGAUUCUCAGACUGUCUGUCAGGUGGGAGUAUCAUGGCCUCCCCUAUAGAGCCAAGAGGCCCUGUGCGUUUCUUAGAUGAACUCUAUGAACCCUGAAAAGCUGAAGAAAACCAACGGCUCCUUUAUCUAUGAGCUUUCAGCCUCACAGAUGCCUGUCUCAUCACAUGUGAGACAAGUGGUCCAUUCAUAACCUGACCUCGCCAGGAAACAUUUUUUCAUUGCAACUUCUUUGUAGAGGAGAGGAUUUUUUCUUUGAAAACUGUUCACAAUGAAGCCCACGUCUCUUUAUCGAAGACGAGAUGCUGCUUUUACCUUCCUUAAGUGCUGUUUUAAAACGCUUUGAACAUCAAACACACAGCUCUGACCCAAUAACACAGAGGUGAUGUUUAACUUGGAAACAUAAAACCAAAAGUUUCUGAAUGGCUAAGCAGAGGAAAUUAUUUCUCCUGAGUGUCUGAGGACCGUUCUGUCUAAUCUUAUAUGAUUCAUUCAAACUUAAAGCGAUUUGUCGUAAUUUUGUUUACCCUAAAGCUAAAAAUUGUAUGAUCCUUUUUUUUGACUGUCUCUCUAUUGUCUCUCUCUCUCUUUCUCUUCAAGGACAGCCUGAUAGCUUUGCAUCAUACUGUUCGCCACACUAUCAGACACAGAAAUGUAUUUCAGAAAGAGCUAGCACCGCACUUGAAUCACAGAUAAAACAUUCAUCCCUUUAGGCUUCAAUAUAUGGCUGCUUUAUCUGCAAGUUGAGUGCCUCUUUUGAAAUACAACACUGUCCAUUUCACUGGUGAAUAUCUCUCAGGCUACAUCAAAGCUUGUUCAGUCUUUAAAAAAAGAAAAGGAUAUCGAGUCCCCCCCGACCUGGCAUGACGGCUCGAGGAGAUUACACAGAUUGAGUGCGCACUCUGAAAUAGUGUUUGGAUGUUCAGAUUGUUUAGCCAGUGACACACCAUUCAAGCCCAUUUGGUUCUGGUGGACUCAUACCGGCCCUGCAUUCAAAGCUUUGAUGUACGGGGCCGGUUUGUGAAUGCUGCAAUCCUAAUUGCCUGUCUCGCUGCUUAAGAUCAUUAUCGGGAUGGCCGUUUGAGAUAAUGGAGCUUUAUACAGAGAGCAGCUACUAAUCAACUGGAACUCACUGAUGUCAAACACUACAAGAGGUCUAUUUGUGUAUACUUGGAAUGUGUGUGCAUAUUUCUGAGUAGAUAUGCAUGGGUGUUUUGUAGUAGCAGGUGGUGAUAAAUGAAGGGAACCCCGACUGGAUAAGCAGGGCCCUAGACAAGCGGGAAUGGACUGGAAACAUAGUGUAAAUAUUCUAGUUCUUGUAAAAACUGGUCUAGACUGGACUCUGUCUACAAAGACCCAAUGUUAAGAAGGGAUCAGACCUACUCCCAUCCUAUCUUUAUCCACGAGUGUGACACUUGACAGCAUCUAGCAAGUUACAGGGAAACUGAGGGAAAACUUCCUUUAACAGGCAGAAACCUUAAGCAGAACCAGACCCAUGUUGGAUAGUUAUCUGCUAAGACUACAUUGGAUUUAGAGAGGGUGCAGAGGGAGAUAAAGUGAGAGAGAUGGACAGAGGUGAUACUGGAAAGCAUGCAGGUCUGCAGCAGCGAUCCAGAGGAACCUACAGCAUGAUGGAGCUCAUGGGCCCCCAUGAAAAGACUGUGUGUUCAUGACUUCAGGAAAGUUUUGAUCCUACUCCUAAAGGUAGGGAGGGUGUCUCUACCCCCUGCGCCUCAACGCUCCAGAGAAGAGGGGCCUGAUAACUGAAGCUCUGCCACCCAGACCACUUGUAGCCUAUACAAACAGACCAAAUAGUCAAUUUCAACACAAGUUCCAAUGUUGCAAAGCAAGAAGCCAAUCAUUGUUAAGGAUUUGGGGUUGUAGCCAAUCAGUUUCAAGCGGGCCUAUACCAUCUGGCUGCCCCCUGGAUAAACCCCUUCUGAUGGCUUGACUUCUUACUCAAGAAUUAAACAUUCGACAUAAAAUAGUGAUUCUGAAAUCAUAAAAUAUAUAUAUUUUUCCACUUAAUGGUCUAUUAGACUCACACUAAAAGCUGCAUCCUAAGCAGUAGUUCACUAUAAAGCCUUUUUUCUCAGAUUUAACUGAGCAUGUCCCAUGACGGCAUAUCUCUGCCAAAUCUUGCAGUAACAUACAAAAUUCAUGCAUGAACCCAUAAGCAUACAUUUCUUUAUGCAAACUACAGAAAUUAUAAUAUUCUGGCUAAAAGGAAAGCUGCAGGGCUUUGGUAUCACUGUUGUAUUUCUGCAGGCUGCUGUUCACAGUCAUCACUGUGUUUAACAGCUGUCGACUGCCUCAGUAAAUUCUUACAAAAACAUCACUGACAUAUUAAUAACAAAUUUUUUUAGUUACAUCUUGUUCAAAUCUGUAAUCUUGAUGGGACUCACUGGUUGAAUAAAGGUCGAUUAAAAAAUACAAUAAAAUAAAAAAUAAGUCCAACAUUUUUGCUUGCUUUAUAGCUUGGUAUAGUGUUCUUUUAACAGGAAGCUUAGUUUCACUCAUUAGCAGAGAGAUCUUGCACCUGAGAGCUGUGAAAGCGCUUACAGAUGUAAUAUGUGUGCAUGCACUCCAGCUACUGUAUGUGAGUCUUACCUGUUUGUGUGUGAAUCUUGAAUGUUCUUGUUAGAUUUGGCAGAGUUAGGCUGCAAUAAUUAGGGCUCAACGUGAUGCAUCUGAUUGAGUUUUGUUAUAAUCGGACAAUUUCAUAUCUAUUAUUUUACCACACAUCUAUAAUGGUCUUGAUAUGAAAGGGCCCAUUUCGUCAUAGCAACAGUCUGCUAUAAAGAAAUAGCAGACCACUGCAAUAAUUAGGACUCUCUGUGAGGCAUCUGGUCGAGUUUUGUUAGAAUCUGUUGACAAUUAAAUAUUUUUUUACUAAUCAUACAUCUAUAAUGGCAUUGAUAUGUAAGAAUCUGUUUGUCAUAGCAACAGUCUGCUAUAAAGAAAUAGCAGACUGUUGCAGUAAUUAAGACUCUGCAAUGCAUCUGGUUGAGUUUUGUUAUAAUCCGUUGAUAAUUUCUUAUUUAUUAACUGAACACAUAUCUAUAAGGGUAUCAAUAUGUAUUUGUCUGUUCAUCAUAGCAACAGUCUGCUAUAAAGAAAUAGCAGACCUUAGAAUGCUGUAGCUGACCACCAGAGACAAGUAUUAAACGCAGUGAUGUGCCUUCACCAAACCAGGCUCAUUUUCCUCCAUAUGUUAUGCACCAUAUAACUGAAAACAUAUGAAUAAUGUAUAACUCACCAUAUAUGCAUAAUGGAUCAGUGAAUUUGCAACAGGACAGGUGAAAAACAGCACUGCGUUGUUUACGAUGCAGGUCCAUCCUCAGUGUAACUGGCACGCCAUCAUGCUGGAGACGUGCUGUCUACUGUACUGUGCUUACGAUUGGUUUGACAGGACAUACCAACCCUAUGCAGGAAGUACUCACUGAAUUAUGUUUGUAUAUUUCAAGAUCAUCCUAUGUUACUUACCAACAAGGUAGAGUACUUAGUCUGAGUCUUCCAUGAGAUUUAAUUAUUUAAUCACUUAAUUAUUAAAUCAGGUAUAAAAUGUAUGCUUCUAGAUCUUGUACAGUGUCCACUAUCAUAUAUUAUACUGUCAUGAAGUAUUUGAGCCUACAAGGUGGUAUCUACAAAGAUAAUAGUGCUUAGUUUAAGAUUUUGACAUGAAAAUAAAGCAGAAAUGGAAAGUAGACAAAAAAAGAAGAAAAGUCAAUUCUUAAUUAAUUCUAAAAUUAAAACAAACGAUUUUUUAUAUUACUGUCUUUAAAUAAGCACAAAGGCAGCUGCUUAAUCCUAAACUGCACAUGUUAAACUCUAUUAAACAAAGUUAUACUUGCUUUUAUGGGACCUCUUUUGUGUCCAAAUUCCACAUAAAAACAAGUUACAAGAUGGAUUUUUUUAUACAAUAUGUUUGCACUGAAAAGAUUUAUAAGUAGGACCGCUUUAAGGCUCAAAAAAUAGACUUAAUCCGAAUUUUCUGGGGGGUUUGAUGACAGAGUGAUGCUCAUAGUUAUCACUGAAACUUUGUUGCACACUUCGACUCCAACAAUGUGUCACUGAAAAACACAGAAAUGCAGGCACAUGAGCUUAGCAUGGCUGCAUAUUGUAUAAGAUCUUGGUUCAGCGAAUGAUGUGUCUGUAUCUCAGGUUGCCUUCAGUGUCUGUGUAAGCCCAACACAUUUUCACCUCAAAUAAACCAACUAGAAUAUUAAAGAUGCCCUGGUGCAUGGGCAUUUAUCACACAAAAUAAUGUAAAUUUGCACAAAAAUGUAAUUUAAAGCUCCUGUGAGAAACUUUCUGUUUAUUUUGGUGCCCGUUGUGGACAAAGUGUUCAUCAAAUUGUUACUGAUUUCAUCUCUUCCUUGUAAAAACAGUUGUUAAUUGACAACAGAACUAUGAAUACUUGCUGUAGGAAAAGUUACCAAGGCUGUUUCUUCAAUGUACCUACCCCCCCCCCCCCCCCACAGCAGUUAUACGCACUAGUAAUAACACAUUUGUUGGUAUUAUGUGCUUUCAUAAAUCAUAGAAAUGCAGUAAUGUUCAUUUCAGUGUGUUUCAUCACCAAUCAAAAACUCCUUAUGGAGCUUUAAUGUGAAUUUUAAUUUUCUAGUUUGACACGAGACAGCCACCAGGGGGAGCUCUUAGUGUUGGGGCUCUCUGGUUUUGUUUUGUCUGUUGUUUCACUCAGAGCUCUGUCUGUGUGCUCUCUCUCCUCUGAGGAGGCUGACUGAUUAGACUUUGAUGGAGCAAAUCACUUCUUAAUUGUUUAAUCGUUACAUCUCUGAUUGUUCUGCUAUAUUUUAGGGGGUUUUUAUUUCCAGAAAAAUCAUUUAAUGUGUUGUUAGUUGAUGCACCUUUUGUAUCAUUUAGAUACAUUUUAGUCUAAAUGGUUAUACAAUAGACUUGCAGAAGAUGGAGUAAUGGUGUGAUAUGGAGUCUGUUUGAUUGUAUUAUGGUGAAUGAAUCUACACAACUCUAAUAAAGUAAUCAAUUUAAAGCAAAAAGAGCUAUUUCUAUCCACUUUAUAACAUUCCCGCAGAGAUACCAUUUCCGUACUUUAGAUAGACAUGUAAUGUUAUUUAUUUUAAAGGAUGAGGAACUUGGUAAACUGUGUGAAUUGCUCUCACAGGGUAAGAGCAGGAAAUCUCCCAUUAUCAUCUCCUGUGGGUGAAUUUGGGCCGGAUUCCCCGCAGCAUAGUAACUGACAGUCUGCUCACUUAGACUCUGUGAUGGCUCACCAUAGAGACUGGAUUUAAUGUGAGAGCAUGUAUAGUUGAUUAGCCACCAAUGUCUUAUUCAUCCUCCACAGGUUCAACGAAAAAGUCAAGCACAUUAAGAUUCUGACCAAGGAUGGCUGCUUUUACAUCGCUGAGAGCCGCCUGUUCAAGACCGUGAUGGUAAAGACUUCAACUUAGUUCAGAUUUUUAUUCUCUGGGGAUAACUGCAGCUUUCAUGAAGAGUAAAGGUUGACACGGCCCAGCUUUUUUAAUCACACAAUUGUGGAAAUUCAACAACUGCUUUCAAAAGAUAUAUAACAUGUAAUACAAGACCUUUAAAACUGAGUUGCAGUUGCUGUUCUAUCGCCAGUAUCAAACAAACAUCUCUUAUCCAAACUGUGAAUAUGCCUUUUCUUUCAUUGUAUCAUUGUAAGAAUAUUUUUUAUUUAAUUUUGCUUUUCUUACAGGAUUUGGUGGAAUACUACAAGCAGCACUCUCUGAAGGAGGGUUUCAGCAGCCUUGACACCACUCUGCAGAUCCCCUAUAGGGAACUUUCCAAUGGAAACGUGCCCAGGGCCAUUACCAGGGCUGGCAGCAGUGAGUCUGCUUCACAAACAUCCCCUUUCCCCAGCUGACACCUCAGAUCUGCCUGACAGGUGGAAGUGUUAUGAGGUCAAAUCAGAUCCUGGUCCAGUUAUAGUUAAAAGGAAAAUUUGAGCAUGUCUGUUUCCCUGUUUGGAGCACAGGAUGGAGUUGGUUUUCCUUCCUUUUUGUUUAGGUUUCCAAUUUUAAAGCUCCUGUGAGGGGUUUGCAACUGGUUAAAACAGGCUAAAAUUAAUAAUGAUGGCUCUUAAUAACCUUUGAAAGCAAAUAAGACCAUCACACACAAGACUGAUUAUUCCAAUAUGAUUGUUCUCUUUGCCUGAAACUCCUGAGGGAGGGUAGGAGUCACUUAAAGUGAUACAAAAUCAGCCAAGGGGUAGGAGAUACCACUUUUGUCUACAGGGGGGUGCCGAAGUUAAGGCAAACCAAAGAUUCCCUACUGUUAACCCCCCAAAAUUAGCACAAAAAAAUGCACAAAAUCAUAACAAUAUAAAAUGAUUUAAAGCUCCUGUAAGGAACUUUCAGUUUGGUUCGGUUUUGGUGCCCCCUGUGGACAAAAUUACACCUCUUUUUUUUCCUGAUCUUGUUCUUUGGUGAGUAAAUUAUGUUGUUUGGUAAAAAAUCUCAUCCAGCUGGUUUUACAUCAUGUAACAAGUCAGUUGCUAUAUAUUACAGCAUAAUGGAUCAUCAUAUAGUGUGACACCCAGCCUUUAAAUUUACAAUUAAGAGUUCGUCAGUCUUGGAAUUGAUGCUUUUCUCCACUUUAGUGGGUUAAAGGGAUAUUCCGGCGUAAAAUUAAUUUAGGGUCAAACACACUGUAAUACCGAGUUAGACACCCCCUCGAGAGAUGGAUGUUGCCGACCACUUGCUUCUCUAGUUAUACCAACUUUAGUAACGACCGCAAGAUAGCGAUACAUAGAGGUCUGAGGAGCCAUAAAGAAACAUCAACCAAAAUGCCACUCUAUAGCCACAAAUAAUGCUCAGAACAGCACCUAACUUCAUCAACAGUACAUAUAGGGUCCCAGCCAUAGUACUAGCCACCAAACAUCUUUUUAAGUUUGCCUGAUUUCUUUCGCAAAGAGACUAAACACAACUCCCCUACUCUCUUCCAGCAGCCUCUUGUUUGUAGCGAGACCUCGGGCCAGUCCAUUACGGACUGCAGCGGGGUGACGCAGCUCAAGGACGAACAUUUAUGAUCAUUACUUCAUGGAAAUGAUCAUAAAUGUUCUUGUUUGUAGCGAGACCUCGGGCCAGUCCAUUACGGACUACAGCGGGGUGACGCAGCUCAAGGAAGAACAUUUAUGAUCAUUUCUUCAUGGAAAUGCAAUCAGACUGAGACGCUAAGUUAGAAGAACUACCGUGUCUGCAGUGCAAAAUUAUUAAUAUGAUGAUUAUUACUUCAAGAAAAUGAUAAAGAAAUUUUCGUUUUAUGACCACUUAAAAACUCCUCACAGUAGCUUUAAUCAGAAAAUAUAGUUUUCUUGUACAAUUCAGUAAUCCAGUUCAUUAAAUCCAAAUCAAUCCACUCCCUACUUUGUUUUGUAAUGUUGAGACUUAACUCACAAAUAACACAGACGUGUUAAUGAACUGUUUGCUCUUAGCUUGAAUCACUGUUAAAAACAAACAGUCCCAGCUCAUAUUACAAAAUCAUGUUGACAGAGCAUUUUCUUGCUGAUUAGACUCUGAAGUUAAAACUGUCUUGAUUACCCGAGGCGUUUCUAUGUUUGACGUGCGAGACAUGCCAGAAAUAUUUAACACGGCGUAACGAGCUGACAAGUUUCCUAGUGGAAUAACGCGAGGGGCAGCAGCAGCAGAUUUCCUUAAAAGACCUACUUCUCAGUUUUUGUUUGUGUUAAUGUCUCAUUGCAAUGAAGUUAAGAGAGCCCUCCUUUGUCCGUGUGUAUCCUCGUUUAGACUGUAUUUUAUACAUGAGACUCGACGAUAUUUGAUCUAAACCUUUCGUGAGCUGAGUGUAAAUAUGUCGUCAUUAUUUUAAACACAAGGAAAUAGUAUCUAAGAUGAUUUGUGACCUUUUUUCCCCCCAAUCUCACAUGACACGAUCGAUCAAAAGGUGUUGAAAUUUACAUCCGCAGAUGAAGCUUUACUGUCACUAUACAUCCAAUCUCAAAAAAACUUCUGCACAGUCAGAGCCGCUUUAAUCACAUCUCAUUAUCACUUAAUGGAGUUUGCAGAGUUGUGAUGGAGUUGUUGAUUGAACGAAUUACAAGUUGGAAAAAAGAAGGGGGAAGUAUCAGGAUUGUGUAACUUUUAAUCCCCGCAAGGAAAGAAACGUAGUGUAGUAGCACAUUUUGUAUUAAUUCAGCUGUUUUGUGCAAAAAAAAAAAAAAAGCAGCACACAUAAACCUGACUCUAAUGGUUAUGCUUGCAUUAUGUCCCCUGAGUCAGCCAAGCAACAUGCUACACAAUGAGAGCAUUGCAGGAUCCCACAUUAGAGCUCAGACAUUUCAUAUUAUACUCACUCUUCAGCCAUGUUAAGGCACGAGCGCAGCAGAAAUUGCGUUCCUUGGAUCAGUGGCUCGGGAGUCAUAUCUAAAUGGACUGCCUUGUUGUGAGUUAGGAAUAUGAUGAAUAAGAGAAACUGUGAUUUACUCCGGCUGUCAGCUGAUUACAGCGAAGGUGUAUGACCUGCUUGUUCUAGAGGAGCUAAUGUGAUACUCAGCUUAAUUAAACAAGGAAGAAGCCAAGUCUUUAACCAGUAAUGACUCUCAGGUUAUCUGGUUGAUGAUAUGCAUGUUGUAUGGCAGAGCUGGUCCAUCAGGGUCAUGGAUGAUUUAUGGAAAAACUAGAGUCAGGUGGACAAUGUGUCGAGUAUUAUGCUGCAAAAGUGCCAUAAGUUUGUGGUUAAUAGGUGAACCGUGUUUUUGUAAGAGGCUCUUUGUUAUCCUUAAGUCCAGCCUCUGCCCCCAAAGAGAGAGGUAAAUGCUCAUCGACUCCAUGGGAGCAUGAAGAAAGAGCAUUAAAGGGGGAGACCCUGCUACAAUAGGAGGAGGAGGAGGAGAGAGAGAGGAGAAAGAGAAGAUGGAGAGACAGGAUUGGGGAUACAAUGAGUGAGGCAGACAUAGCAGACAAAAAAAUUUGAAAAGAAAAGGGAGGCAAGAGAAAAAAAGAGGCAGAAAUGCAAAUAAAAAGUGCAACAAAACCCAUUCAUUAAAAAGUCAUCUGGGCUUUUUGUAAGACGUGGAGUAACCUUUCACCUGAGAGAUGAAAUAGAAAAUUAAUGUCUCCUUUUGGAGUCUUUACGGUUGAGGUGUGGAGGGAUUUGUGUGAUUUUGGCUCAGUAUAGGAAAUUGAAAAGGGGGACACAAAGCUAGCCCGAGAAGCUUAUUUCUUAAAGGUACAGUGCGUAAAAUGAGGAGUCCAGAGACUCCAAACGUUUGUUGAUCUUGGCAAAAAAAGGACCUGCACAUGAGAGAUGGUUCGAUCCGUAUACCAAUUUGGAAAUAGGGAUCCAUCAAUGCCUUCAGCUUUAUAUUAAAGGUGGGGUAGGCAGGACCUGAGGAAGUGUCUCUGCUCCAACAAGCCCCGCCCACAAACAGACGCUCCUGCUCGCUCGUAUCGUUCCAAUUAAAUUCAGACAUAAUGCAGAUAAAUACUUCAGAUAUUUACAAAUGGGGCCCAGACAGCAUGAAAGUAAAAAGCAUUGGUGCUACUGUAGAUGCUAACAGACUACCAACAAACACGUUUGCAGGACUUCUACAACUAGGAUAAAGUGACAUAGUCCAGGACCCGAGGUCAACAGUUUAGCGUCGCUACAACACGCCAUUUGACAAGAAACACUUCUGUUACAGACACAUGGCUUACUUUGUUAAAGCGGUUUACCUGUCCAGUAGAAAGAUUACAGGGUCUGGAAGAUCCUGAAGCGUCCUCUAUCAUUUAUGCUGAUGUUGACCCGGCUUAUUAGCUCUUGUCAGGUUUACCUCUGUUUUAAGCGACCGUUAUUCCGCCAGAGUCUCCGGUAUUUACUUCAUUUUCUCACCUGUAUUUUCCCUACUUCCUAGUUGGUUUCUAUGAUCUGAUAUUGUAGCGCGCUAACUUUGUUUGGGCUCGUGAACGUUAUUGGGGGUCAUGGAGCGUGCCUCACAACAUGAGGGAGCAGCGUCUGCCUCACAACCAAUCAGGUUGGGGGAGGCGGAGAAUGGCUUUGUUUACAGCCAGAAAGAACGGGCCGCUCAAAAAUUUAAAAUGUUGACUACACAGACAUAAGAGAACACAGCGAUAUUGUUAUAUUACCAAAUGUCAUCAAUAACUAACAGCUAUUGACUGAUAUUAAAAGCUUCAUAUUGUACAUACACCACAAAGAAAAUACUUCUUUAACAGAAUCCUGCCUACCAUACCUUUAAGAGUGCAGAUACAAAACUGUUGGACUGCUUCUCUAAAACUGCAGCCAGACUGUGCAGAUAAUUCUUACACCUUGCUAAAAUUGAGCCUGAAGCUCUCGAGCACAUUGUGUUCAUUGUGCAUUCUCAGGUUGAAUUAAUAAGACAUCCAAAUACAGAUGGUGUGUUAAUACCAGAUGUAAACGGGAGAAAAUAGAGACGCAGGGAACAAAGGGAAGAUAGGAGGUAGGAGAGAGAGAGAAGACAAAAGAGAAAGUGAGAGAGACAGUGAGUGAAAGGAAUAGAAAGGAGCCUCGGCAGCUCACCAGGCUUGGCAGAGAGGUCCCAGUUAGGGCCCGACGCCCCAGGCAAGCACCAGGAGCCUGCUACUCCAAACGUCACACUCUGCACGCUGCUCAACUCUGAGAUGGCUUCACAAUUUUCCUGACAGGACAUGACAUUUCACUUGGGCUGGCAGCAGAGAAAACCAUGUGACAGCCGCCCGCUGACACACUCCUCGGGGAUACCCCUGGUCCAACCGAGGGAAUUGGCCUGUUUCUGCAAAACUGGGGGAAAAGUUUGCAAAUAUGAUCUGAUGUAAAAGAGCGGAAAGCAGCUGGAGGUAGACUGUCGUAACUUAAAGGGAGGUGUAUGUGUAAACAACCACAGCUACGGCGACAGGAGCCGAGGCAGGCGGAGAAGUGUUAGUACAAAGUCAAAGUUAGCCCUUUGUGUCUGUUCGGAUGUAAAAUUCUGCUACAUCCUUGUCCCUGUGCCUCCUUUGACAGCCUUGGUCUCCCAGCGCAUCAGGCUUCAAAGCAGCUCCGCAAGAGGUGUGUUUGUGCAUCAGUGCCAUUCACAACGCUCCCAUCUAUGAGAAAGCCUUGACAGACCCGCCGUUGCCUUAGUGCAUUCUGGGAUAGAUUAUUAUUGCCUUAAGUCGUCCACCCCCAUAGACAGACUUAGUGUGGGCACCGCGUUCUCUGUCUGGUAAACAGCCUCCAUGGAAAGACAGAUGUCACGCCAGAACAAAAAAACACACACGCAAAAUGGUUUGGAUCUCAAAACAGACUCCUCAUAGCAAAAGAAAACAGAACGCAAGGCUGAGCAAACAUUCACAAGAUGCAGAACUGCUGAAAUGCCAUCAAAACUCUGGAGUAAUUUGUUUGGAAACCCAGACAGCAUCCUUAAAUAAGUCUGUCUGAUUGCCUCUUAUCUGUCUGUUUGUGAAUGGUAAGGCUGGGAAGACAAUUAAAUCUACCAGGCGGAUCGUUUCUGUGGUGAAAUAUCUGCUUCAUCUGGGUUUCUAAUUCUGUCAGGCCCACUGAAAACCCCAAACCGACCAUCGCCUUCUCGCUGCAAAAUUUACAGUCAUACAUUCAUGAUAGGAAGCUUCUGAAAGAAUUAGAAAUAAAGCCUAAUUAUAAAGCAAAAUACUGUCAUUCAGGUUUUGUCAACUUUUUGCUGGUAGUGCUCACACGUUUAUUCCGCUAUUGGUUUUACGGUCCAGGUGAAGGGAUGAUCGUAUUCUAUCUUUAUUGUCUAGUUAAAGUAAGAUUUGUGCAUGUAUUUGGAAAAUCAGGAACUUUGCUAAGUUGAUUGAACGUCAACAUGUUUUUUUUUUUUUUUUCAGUAUUUAGAUAAUCAGACUGGGUCUUAACGGAAUUAUCGCUCAAUAGUACGUCUUAACUCAUUCAGUUCCAAUGACGGAUUUGGACGGAUUUUCAGUUUUAUUUUUUUCCCACCAGGGGACGCUCCUCCCCAACAUGCGACUCAUUUUGGGGUCGUUCUGAACCCAGAAAAAAACAAAAAAUACAUCAUAACCAUGUUACAAUAACAAAAACUAGUACUCGCCAGUGAACAGUGUGCCAAUCAGCCUAGCUGUGGAGUAUUUUUUCUCUACGAGGAGAGUAGGAAAAUACAGAAGUCAUUCGCCAUGAGCAAAUGGUCUCAGCACAUCGGCUCCCGUGGGUGCGGUGCUACCGUCUCUGGAUCCAGUGGAGAUCCCGGUACUGGACCUUCACAUCGUCAGCAGACAAUCAAAGAAACAAUUUUCCGGCAUGCCGUCGUGCUGCCAGUGACGGUACUGUUGAGCGAAACUGAGGUGGGAUUCAGCGACAGUCCCGGCGAGGAGGACGCGAGCUGUCCUUGUGGUUUACGUUGCGGCGUAAGGUUCUCGAGAACCACUAUGACUCCCAGCCGUCACAAGGCUGGGAGUACAAUUGGUGAAGUAGUUUGAAGUGAAAUGAAAUAGACGAUCAGAGUUCUGCUUGAAAGUCUCUCCUUCGUAAAAAUGUGUUUUUUCCCAGGUUUCUUUUUCCAGAUCGGCGAAGACGAUAUGACCGCGCUACAUCGAGCAGGCAAUCACUAAACACAAGAGUAGGUUAGAGACUAACUUUUUUUUUCUGGUGAAAGAAGAGACUCACCCCUUUCUUUUGAGAUAUCACACUUAAUUCUAGUCCAAGCACAAGAUAUUCUGUGGGUCAUGAAAGAUACGUAAAUUUCUAUUGCAGUCAAUGGUGGCACUGGGUGAAAACUGCAUAAAUGAACCUGGAACUGAAUGAGUUAAUCAGUGUAUAAUAACUUAUACUCUGUGGGCCCUCUUCCACAGAGGCCACCGUGUUUCUACUGUAGCCUAGAAUGGACAAACUAGAUUCAUGAAUGUAUUGGUAUUUAGUCAAAUGGCUUGUAAGAAGAAGAUUGUAAAAACCGACAUUUAUAAAUCAUAGUGAACCUUUUUCUACUCUAAGAUUUUACAAGGUGGUUGAUGAGACUCGUGACCUUGCAGUCUUAUUAUCUCAAACGAAAUUUUCAGGGGCUAACUAUAAAUUAUAAAUUGUGAUGAUGAUGAUUCAAAAUCUGUUAGACCUGGAUCCAAAAAAGUCAAAGGAUUCAUCAAAGAAUCACUGAAGAUCUCCCCGAGGCUCAACAAACAUCAGCAGCUCGUUGUUUCAAAAGGAGAAUCUAGAUUAUAGCUCCUUGUAAAGUACUCGUAUGCUUUUUCAAAGUGCGUCUCCAGUUUGUGCUUGUUUAUACUUCCCGUGAGUGUGUGUGUGUGUAGUUGUUUGAGUGCACUCCGGUCACAAAGCUGACACAUAUUGGCCUGCAUUUACUUAUCCCUGUGGGGGAGAGGAAGAAGCCACGGUACCAUAUUGUGGCGAUGACAGGAGGCGGUUUUCUCAGCGUAAGGGUCUGCUGGCUCAGAUGGGAUUUCAUAUGGGAGCACAAGUCGCCGGCUCUGUGGCAUGGAUUCCCAGCCGCUGCCUUGUCAGGGCACCGUGCUGUGCCCAGACGUAUACUUACCCCCAUGCUGCUGCCGCGACCCACCUGGUCUGAUCCUCAAAAUGUUGUUUUUGCUGUUUGUUAUGCAGUAAAACCUGGGAAAGGUUGUAGAGGCAGCACAGCAUGGUGACAAGUAUCCAGACAUUUGGACACCUGAUCUUUACACCUAUAUACGAUGUGUCGCUCAAAAAGCACAAGCACCAAUUUACUGCUACCACAACAGUUUUGGAAAAGCUCUCCAAAAGCAUUCAAAGCUUGGCUGGAGGUAUACGUUUCCGCGGCAACACAGAAGUAUCAUUUAUGUUGGCUAAAGCUGGUGGAUGAAAAGCAUCCUCGAAUCAAAGACAGCCGUAUGUUAUUACAGCACAAAGAGGCUGCGUCAGUGAUUUAAAGAAGUCCGGAUCAAUUGAUUCGAAGGUUCGACAGAAGAAAAUAUUACAAGAUACAAGCUGUCAAAACAAGCUAGCAACAAGCUGCAGCUUAGCUAGAAAAACCCUUUUCCGUGCCAAGGUCACAAAGAAAUGUACAAGCCUCGUAGAUAAUACCUAAACGGUUAUUUAGCUUUCUUUCCUGUAAAAUUCGAAGUUAAAGGGAUAUUCCAGGGUAAAAUUAAUUUAGAGUCAAACACACUGCAACACCAAUUUAGACACCCCCUCGAGAGAUGAAUGUUGGCAACCGCUUGCUUCUCUAGUUAUACCAACUUUAGUAACAACCGCAAAUUAGCAAUACACAGCAGUCUGAGGAGCCAUAAACAAACCUCAACCAAAACGUCACUCUAUAGCCACAAAUAAUGCUCAGAACAGCACCUAACUUCAUCAGCAAAGAGACUAAACACAACUCACCUUCUCUCUUCCAGCAGCUGCUUGUUUGUAGCGAGACCAUGUUCUUCCUUGAGCUGCGUCACCCCGCAGCAGUCCGUAAUAGACAGGCCUGGAGGUCUCGCUACAAAGACCUCAAGAGAGUAGGUGAGUUGUGUUUAGUCUCUUUGCUAAAUAAAUCAGGCAAAGUUAAGUAAAGUUUAGCAUGUGAUCGUAUUUGUCUGUUAUCUUCCAGACAAAAUUCAUUACAAAUCAAGAGCAAAGGGAGAUUUUUACCAUUUUCUUGCUUGCUGGUCUUCUGGAAAAGUAAACAUGGUUCAGUCUCACAAUGAGCCCUGCAGGAGCUCUCUGAUAUUUCUUACAGUUGUCUUCUUCUGAGAUCUCAGCUGAAUAAAAAAUGAGCUCUAAGAUUCAUCUUGGAAUGAAAGGGUUAGUAUUAGCGCUCUGAGAUCCUAAAACGGUCCCUACAAAAACUUAAUCCCAGAUCUCAGCAAAGAGAAAACAGAGACAAGUAGGUGCUCUCAGAUUUGUCAAAAAGACAAGUAGGAAACUUUAAACCUUCUACAGGAUCUCUCUUUUUUUUUUUUUUUUUUAUGUUACUCAUGGCAAACUUUUGGUGAAGGCCUACAUUGGAGCCUGUAGCUUACUGGUUGUAUGGGAAGACCUGAUUGUAGUCUUGCAGCAUUUUGUGCCAAACAAACCCAAGAGUCAUUGAACUUGCAUAACCCAGAGUGCAUUUAGAUCAACACAAAAACUACUCUGGUGGUAACUGCACCCACUUGUAGGACCUUAUAUUUUUACUUGGUGAGUUUAAUGCAUGCGUGAGUUCGUGUGCACGAUGCUACCUGCUGCCAGGCUGCUUUUGCUGCACCAGCGCAAUAUUUCAGCACCCUUGGAGGCAGCCUUUUAGCUUCAAAGCUCCCGAUGUUCAGAAAUGAAGUGAAGUUGUCCUUUCUUUGAAAAAAAAAAGGAGAUCGCAGGUUCAAAUCUUGGUUGCGCUCCUGCGAUGAGAAACUUCAAAGGCAGGCUGCAGACAAAGAUGAGACAUAAAAUGAACAAUAAGGAGAUCUCCAGAAGUGAGACGUAAACAAAACAAACACAGGGAGCUCCAAAUUAAAGCUUUGAUUCUCCUCUCAGUUCAAUCUUGUUCGUCUCAAAGAAAGUCUUGUCUCUUCGCGGUCUCCUUUUAUUGCUCCAAACAGUCCCCAGAGGAGCAGUAAAAUUAUAAUUCUCCACUCUGUUCACAUGAUCAAAAAGAGGAGCGAAUAAGUGAAAGAUAUUUACAACAGGAACAAAAAAACAUGACUGAUAAUUUAUGAGUGGACUGAAUCAGAAGUCAGUGAUUUAAAGGUUGCAUUAAAAAUUAUGUCAGAUGAACAACGGAUUUUCUGACACUCUAUGUUCUGCCCUCAUCUCCCUCCAUCUUUGCUUUUUUGCUUAUUUUCUGACUUUGCCAACUUUUCCUCUUACCCUCACUCACUUUCUCUCUUUAUCUUUCUCUCUCUCUGUCAAACUUGUGUUUUCUUUGCUUUUGCUCUGUCUUUUCUCCCACCACGGCCUAACAUCCCCCUCUCUCCCCAUCACUCGCCUCGUUUCUCUGUAGUUCCUCCUGGCGGCUGCAGCUUUGUUCCUCCCACCUCCUCGCCUUUUUGGUCAGGUACAGGUACAGCUUUUCUACACUCUCUCUUUGUCUCUCCCUUGCUGUUUGCCCACAUUUCCGGGGUUUCCAAAGUCUGUUAUCUGUCUUGUUUUUUUUUCUCCCUCCAUCUCUGUUAAAUAAUAGAGUCUAAUGGUGCCGCUUUUUACGUCGCAUUGCACAGAACGUACAUGUGGGAAGAAACAUUCACUUCACUUUUCUUUAAUGCCAGAUUGAAAAUAUUGUGAAUUUCUGACAGCUGCAAUAUCUCCUACUUGGAGAAAAUAACUACUAAACUAUCAAACAAGUAGUGGCAAAGAGCUGGAGCUCUUCUGCAACAUCAAUAAUUAUAAAAACCUGAACAUAUUAGAGCACAUACACACUUGUUUGUGUGGUUUCACCUGCCAAUUUACUUUAUUUAAUAUGUAAAAAAGUAAAAAUAUCCACUUAGCUUUGAUUGACUUUUGAACGCAGCGCUUCAGGGUUGAUAAUUAAAACAAACAUGUUGAAAUAAUGAGAAAAUUAGCACACAAAGCAUGAGAAAAACAGAGUAGUUGACUAAAAUGGCUGUAUUUUCCAAUUGCUGCAUGCAUUCAUGUGUAUGAGAAUGACCUGUUUGUAGAUGCAUGCAUGUAUGUACGAGUCGGCUGGGCGUCUGUGUUGGCAUGAGGGAUUAGCUUCCUUUCGUGCAGCGCAUCUGCUCAGCUGUGUCACCUGUGUUUCCACAGAUAAGGCAAACAAACCUAUGCGCACCUGCGUUCACAUAAACCCUGACCUGCAUGUACCGGGAUAACCUUGCAUGACCUGAAGUUCUUAUGCAGCACCUGACCCGUGUCUGACGUUAACUUUUAAUAGGAUCAACUCCUGAUAUUGAUAACCUAUGACCUGUAAUCUCUGGUGCAGGUUUUGCACUGCCAUGCUGGUUGGCUAAAUGCAUUUCUCCUGCUGUCAUGUUUUCUUAAUUUUAAAUCACUUGCAUACAAAAGUUGAGGUCCUAUGAAUACGCAUAAUUUAUUAAACCAAGUUGAGACUUGAUAAAUUGAGUCAAAUUCGUGCCAAAGAGCCCCUUAGUCCUCAGAAAUGGACCUUGAACACUUGCCUUUUUUUUUAAAAAGCUUAUUAAAAUCAAAAAAAGAGAUCAUUCUGGGGUUAAGACAGAAGUUAGUCACCAAACAUCCCUGCUCUUACUGAUUCUCCAAAGGUGAUAGACCUCAGAGUUUAGAGGAUAACUUUAACAAAGCCCAGGAUUUCUGAAUACAAAGGAAAAAAUAGCUUCAAAAGGCUUCAAAAGGCUGACACAGGUGAGGAGUUCUCCACACUCUGAAUGGCAGGGUGCUUCAGAUAAGAUACUGCAACAUCAGAAAGGUUUUUUUCUGCACUUCAAAGCUGUUGUUUUUUUUCCUACCCUAAAGUGACUAAUAAAAACUUAAAAAAGCAACACCUAGAGCCUUUGUUAGCCAUACUGUUGGAGAAGAUUGGGAUUGAAUGAUCUCACUGGACAUAACUAAUUUGGUGAGUUUGACAGCUCUUGGUGGAUCCAUGACCACAGAGAGCUGCAAAGCCAAGAUGCCCAGAAUAAUAGUUUUUUUCUCUGCUUGAAGCUUUUCUCUGAAAAUUUAGAGGAGAUGACUUCAAAAUAAUAAGACUGGAUCUCUUUGUGUCAGUGUUUUCUCCCAGGGUGGUGGGUAUUGCAGUGGCACGCUACGAUUUCUGCUCCAGAGACACACGAGAGCUCUCUCUACUGCAGGGAGACAUCAUCAAAAUCUACACCAAGAUGUCCAACGGGUGGUGGAAGGGGGAGAUCAACGGCAGGGUAGGUCUUAUGCUGCGUUUGAGUUACCUCAGAAGUCAGAUGUCCGAGCUGGGAAUGACGUCACACCUGACUUCACAGCGUUUCAGUUAUCCUUGUCCGAAUAUAAGCAAGGACAAGGCAAAUACUACAAUUACUUUCAUAGAUGUAGCCAUCUUGUUUCCGCCUCCGAUUUUGCUUUUUUCCGACUUCGUAACUGAAAUGCCGGUAACUCGGGUGUGUCGUCAUUCCCAGCUCAGACAUCUGACUUCUGAGGUAACUCGAACGCAGCAUUAUUUCUCCGUAAUCGUAGUGUUUGCUAUGACUUUGCUCAAAGUUGUAGUUUUCUUUGAAGCUCCUGUGAGGGUCUUUUAGUUUUUAUCAAAAUUGGCGCCCCCUGUGGACAAACAAUGUUAAGACAGUUACCCCCUACAACCACUUUUAGUCUUUAAAAAUUACAAGGUGAAACUCGUCAGUCUUGUCAUUGAUAGUCUUGUUUGCCUCUGUAUUUCAUAAAAAGGAUUAAUAUCAACUCUAGCCUAUUUCAUCAAUGUUAAAUAACUCCUCACAGGAGCUUUAAAGAUCUGGUCUAGAUAUUUGUACAACAUUAUUUCAACAUUUCCUCUCAGAUGCAGCUUUGUCAAGACAUAAGAAUAUCAAGAAACUCAAUUGAAGUUUUACAUCAAAUUUUAUUGUCGUGAGAAAAAAGGUUUUAGAGCUAUUGUUUGAUUUAUUCAACUAAAUCACAGAAUUUCUUGUUUAUUUUUUUAAUCUCAUGUUCAAAGCUCCUUUUUUUAUGUCAAUAGAAUAGACAAAUAUUCAUGUUGAUGCUUUGAUGUUUAUGAUUAACCCGCAUUGAACUGUCUGAAUGAAAAGUGGAAUCAUGAUUUUGGUCAGCUGCCGCUCAUACAUGAAGAGUGAUUUAGCCUCGGCAAGGCUAGGAGAGAAGAUGGAUGAUUUUUGGUGUCUGGUUCAUGUGAGGGUAGAAAAAGAUAAUCGGAAAUGAUUGAAAGCAUGUUGUUGAUGGGAAGUCAGUGAGGGAUUAUGCUUGUCGUGAUUAAAGGCUGAUUUUAUCUGUGUAAGGAAGCUUAAUGAAAGGUUUUUGCACAACUUUAGUGAAGGAUCUUGCUAUGUAAAAGUCAGAUUUUCAUAUAAUUUCCUUUUACUACAAUAGUUCACCCGUCACCUGUAAAUAUUUCCUGUCAUAUAGUUGUGCCACUGAGUUUUAUCGCCUAAUCUACAUCCUGUUUUCGGUCUCGUAGGUGGGUUGGUUUCCCUCUACCUACGUGGAAGAAGAGGACUGACCUUGCUGGAUUCAGCGCCCAUUCAACGCUGACCACCUCCAGUGAGCGCCAUUCAGCUCUCCCACUCCGUGCCCUCCGAGUCAGAUCUCUUUGAUAAAACCCAGAGACUCCGGACUGGAGAGAAGUGACAGCGCCCUCUAAAACCUCCUCCUGCCCUCUGACAGACUCUCACACUGAGCAGAUGUCAAAUCACAGAUUCCAGGAGCGUCACGCCAUAUCUUGCCUUUUCUGCAGCCCCGUCUGCCCCCGCGGACAACUGGGAGGUGCAUGUGCUGUGCCCAGAUAAACCCGCUCUUCCUCCCUGCUUCCUCACCUUGUCUCAUUAUUGAUGACUCCAUCAGAUGGUGUGAGACUUGCCUUCGCUGUCAUUAUGUUUCUGCACCAGGAAGGCUCAGUCACCCGACUGGAACACAGAUCCUGCUGACAGGUGCAGCCCAGGUACACCACCAAAUCUAAAUGCAGGAGCUGGGGACUGUUGCGUUCACAGUCCUGACUAAGAACCAUUUUAUUUUCAUUUUUAAAGUAUUGAAUCACCGGACUGAGAUUAUACUGAAAUACCAAAAAACGUAGAUUUAGUUUGAAGGACAGUUGAGAGCAUGGAGGGUUGAUCUGUCACCCCAGAGUGUCAGAGGUCUUAAUAAGCAUUGGUACUGACAAACCAGGGUUGAAAAUAAAACACCUUUUUAUAAUGUAUUUGUUUACUAUCAGAUCCACAGCUGAUAAUGUUGUCUCUAAGCUUUCCUCCUUGUUCUAUUCUUUGGACUAAUUCACCACCAUAUUGACUCUAAGCUUCAUCAUCAGUAGGCAUUGGAUUAUUGCUCAACUUUCAAUAGUUAACCUUGUAUCGUGUCUCAAAAUGUAAAUCAAAAGGUCAGUAUUUGAAAAAUAAACUUUCAGACUCCUAAGUUUGAUGUUAGAUGACAAGAUUGAUACGACUUUCCUGUGCAAUAUCUCAAUAGGAAGGUACAUCUUGAAGCAGAUCAGUCAAGCUUAGCUGUCUGUCUAAAUCGGACACAGAGAAGAAGCUAACAAUAAAAAUUUCUGAGGCCACGACUCUAAAACUUACUUGGUAAUUUUUUAUCUUUUUUGUUUUCUCUGUUGGUGGUGAUCAUCAGUGUCUGCUGGUUGUCUGUCACCCUUAAGGGCCUGUGUCCACUGACAGCAUUUGCUGCACCCGCAGUGCCAUUUUGUGAAGUUAGCAUUUUCAGCGCUUAGGGCCAAAAUGCCAACAGCAUCUGCUGUUUAUUUGCCGCUGAGCUCAUAGCACUCUUAGUUCAACCACACAUCAAUGUCACUUUCUCCACCGAUGACCAGUCAGAAUCAAGAAGGGGCGGGACUUUAAAUCAGCUUUUAACAACAAUAGUGGCGCACUUUUAUUCUAUGGUUUUUAUUUAAAGGUUAGGGCUGAUGACAUGGUUUGUUUUUUAUUGUUUUAAAGUUUUUCCCCUCAAAUAAUAUAAAAUAUCAAGUAUACAGCACAUUUCACACAAAUGAACAAUCAUGGCAGGUACCAAAGAACAAGUUUUAUAAUUAAGCAACGAUAAGUUAUGAGAAGAGAGCGCUCAACUUAAGGUUGUGGAUGCUGCUACACCAAAAAAAAUAAAAAUAAAUAAUAAUAAUAAAAUAAAAAUAUAAAUUUAAAAAGGGUUGUAAAUGGACACAGGCCAUAAGCCAAAAAAUGAGCCAGAGGACUUCUCUAAUGAGACUUAGAGAUAGGCUGUAAGCUUGUUGUCUCUCUUGUUUUACGGUCUACAUGCUAGCUUCACAAAUUGAGUAUUAACAUAAGGUGGUUCAUUUUUAUACACAACUCAACAAAUAGGAACAGACUCUUCGAUAAUGUUACACAUUUAUCAGCAUUUAUGGCACUAAAACAACAAGAAACAGUGUAAUUUUAACUUGAGGCUUCAGACAUGUAGUCAUGAAAGAGGGAAAGGUACAAAAGGAAGAAGAAAGCCACAGAAGUCAUAAAAAUGCAUGUUUUGGUUGGAUUGUGUAACAGGAGGUAGAGGUCUAUACUUCAAUAUACUCAUUAGUAUUUUGACCGUUCGCUGUGGAAACAGGAGAGCUCUUUUACAUUCCGCAGAUUUUGUGUUUACCUCAACUCUUUUUGGUUUCAGAAUGAAUGAUUCAAGUGUGAUGUAAGAGCUGCUAACUGCAGAGCAAGGUAGCACAAGGGCGUUAAGUGAUGCUGUUUUCCUUCAAACGUUAACAUCC